AACUUUCACUCCUUAUAUAAUCCCUUCUGAGUCCCAAGAUACAGGAAAAAUACCAGUAGCAAAGUUUUCCACUUAGUGAGUUGACAACCCUGGAGUAACCCACCCAGGACACUUUAACCUGGGACACAGGACCUUCACAAAUAUAAUCCUAAAGACAAAUAAAGACUCCUAGAGUGGAUUGUGCAUCUUCUAGAGCCUUUGGUGUUCUCUUCAAUAAUUAUUUGAGGAAUUCCAGAAUCCUGGAUGGAACUUUGAGUUGGAACCUGACCUGAUUCCUGGAACUUGCAAGUAAAGUUUUUGAAAUAUUAAAUCAUAUUAUGAAAAGCAUGCUUCACUAACUGAUUCUAAUUUUAAAAAGAUGCAAUGAAAUGCUAAGUAGAGCUGAAUGAUUUACUGCAGUGCAGAACUAAGAAUAUAAUAAACACUCAUUGACUGCUUUCUACAGGCUUUUAAUCUGUCCUUAGUGACUGUAAUUGGAAAAAAAAGAAGGCUUGCAAGUAUCCAGAUAUCCUACGUUUCAUGGCUCUCUGACCCAAUGAGCUUACAAUAAUUUAUAUAUUCAGUCUAUUGAAUAGAUUCACGUAGAGUUAUUGGUCUUCUUGUCUUCUUGAGUUUUAUUAAUGGAAAGUUGAAACUUUAAAUAUGACUAAAGUUUAUUUUAUUAUCAUUAUACAGAAAAUUAGAAAAAGGAAAAUGUUAUAUGAAGGCAUCAUAGUGGACUUCAGGAAUACAUUAAGGCCUUACAGCAAGACAGUUUUGUUCUAGUUUUGUAUCCAAAUUCAGAUUCAACCUGAUAUAUAUCGAGAUCAAAAUCCUUUUUCUUUGCUUUCUGAGGAUUUACACUCUCACUCGCAUAUAUUUAAAACAAUGAAAAAGAAUGCAGAGUUUCUACAGUAAUAUCACGCAAGAACUUAAUCCGGGCAAGAAGAAUUUACUGAGAACACUGCAUAAGUAAUGUUGUUGACAAUGUUGAUAGAGUUAUCAAAGAGAAAAAUAGUGUAAUCCAUUUUAACAUAACAAUCUGGGUACACAACCUCUAAUUUUGAGGAGGAGAAGAAGAAUAUAUCUAUCCAAGUUUCAAAACAUCUAGAAUGGGUUUUGCUGAACUCUUAGACAGAGUUGGAGGGCUAGGACGUUUUCAAAUAAUACAACUUGUCCUGCUCUGUAUUCCAAUAUUUCUGAUGGCUAGUCAUAACCUUCUUCAGAACUUCAGUGCUGCAAUCCCUGACCACAAAUGUAAAGUAAAUGAGAGUGCAGCCUUUAACACCAGCACAAUUGAUAGGGAAGGGUGGAAGAUGGUAUUCUCUCCGAUGGAUUCUGAUGGCAGCAUUGACAGAUGUUUGGAGUUUGUUAACAUUCAGUGGAGGAUGGUGUCUGCAAACAACUCUUGGGACAAUGCCACCAAUGUGGACACAAGAUCAUGCAAAAAUGGAUGGGAAUACGACAAGAAAGAGUUCAGUUCAACUAUUAUCACAGAGGUAAGUGGAACUAUGAAAUAAUUAAAGAAAAUGUGGAGUACGUGUUGUGUUGAGUUGACCUCUCCUAUCGCAAGAUAACAGAAUAAAAUAGAACAAUCCAGUUGUACAUUUGGAAACCUACAAGAUAUGAUCUUUAUUUCAAUCUGCGAGGCACUAUCAUAGUAAACAUGUUAUUACCUUUAAAUGGCAUAGUGGCAUUCAUAGAAUGCUUUUAUAGGGGUACUUUAUUAUUCUAAACCAAAGUGGCCCUGUCUCCAAGAAAUAUUAUGUCCCACAUGUUAUUUUCUUAAAGAGGAGCUAUCAUAUAAAACAGCUCAAAAGUAAAAAGUUAUGAGUUACUUCUUCUUUCUUGACCUCUGGCUCCUUUUGAUACCAUCCUUGGGAAAAGAAGGUCCAUUUCUUGUCAUUAAAACAUGUAUACACACUAUAUACCUAAAUAUUUAGUGUAGAGAACAGAGGCUCCUGGGAGACGUAGUCCGAGGUAAAGUGAUGUAACCCAACACAAAAAAAUGCAGGUUUAAAGGAACACUGUGGUGUAAGGAAUACAUACCUGUAUUCCUAACGCUAUAGUGCCCCAUAAGCAGGUUUAUUUUAGGUCCCUGACCACUCCCCCACCAUUUGGAGUAAAAACAUGAAAAAAAAGUUUCUUACCUUUACUACAGUGCCAAGGCUCCCUGAGCAAUGCCAGAUGCUGUGCCUCCAACAACAUCUUCUGGCCUUCUCGACAAGUCCAAUCCAAUGCUUCUCAUAGAUGCCAUGGCAGCCCAGUUGCUAGUAAAUAAAUAAGGGGGACCUGGAACAGUGGGAAUUGGUUGGGGGAUUUAUAUUACAUGACAGGCCAGUGGGUGAAACUAAUACAUUUUAAAAAAAAUGUGAGGGGACAUUCUAGUGCCGCAAUCACUCCCACCUGUGUUCAGCACAUGCAGGCUACUUAUAAAAAUAAAUGAGGAGGUUCUGCUUUGCCGACAGUCCGCACCCUGUGGCAGUUGGUAGGGGCUAUUUAUUCAAUAAGAAAUGGAAAAACCUAAUGUGCCCCCCAGCUAUUUUUCAUUUUUUUGUGUGAAUCCGGUCUUUUUUUAAAUUUAUAAUUAAUUUGAAGGGGGAGGGUAGUUUCUUGUGGGCCUGAAGUAAAGAGGAUUUAGGAAGAAAGAAUACAUCUGGUAAAUAUAAUUAUUUUGCAGGGUUUUAGAUUUAUUGGGUGAGGGAAGUAUGCAGAUGUUUUUUUUGAGUGAGGGAGGGAGGAGCUAGGUGCUUGGGGACCUCUAGCCACCCAAGGGGUUUGGGAGGAGGACAAUUGCUAACGUUUUGGAGGGGUUAAAAAUGGUAUUUCAUCCCCUUCUUUAGUUUAUUAGUAGUCCUGCCCACUGUAAAUGCAUGGGUGGGUGUUGGGUGGGACAUUAUGUCCCCCAGCCUAUUAAGUUAAUAGCCCCCACCUACCACCCAUGAAUGGGGCCUUGGGAGAAACAUUAGCUCCCUCAGGCUAUUAAAAAAUGACCCACCCACUGACCAUGGUCAUUGCUGCCCAGUCACUAGUUAAUAUUACAGCAAGCCGUCACUUAUUUAGUAUAAAUGCUCCCUACUGAGGCAUGGCAGAUGGGGGCAUAAGGGAGAUUUAAAAGCCUUCCUUGUAUUAUUAUGAGAGUGAUUUGGACCCCAUAUAGGCUCUUCUAUGAUAAUCUGCGAAUGUGCAUCCUGCUGGAUACAUCUAGUCUCGAUUUUUUUAAAUUUGGUGCUUUGUACAUAUUACUAUUUUGUCGAUUCUGACAAAAUCUGGUGUUUAGUAAAUAACCAUUUAAAGGCAUCCUGCCUUCACAUCCUAGAAAUGGCCUCAAAGAAAAAUUCACCAUUGGUAGGCACUACUGUAUUCUGAAAAUAGAAUGUGGAUCCUGCAACAUUCCCAUCAAUUUGAAUUUAAAGGGACACUAAAGGCACCCAGACCACUUCAGCUCAUUGAAAUGGUCUGGGUACAGUGUCCCUAUAGCCCUUAGUGCUGCAAUGUUAAAGAGAAAAUACACUGCUCAAAAAAAUAAAGGGAACACUAAAAUUUAAAUAACACAUCCUAGAUCUGAAUGAAUUAAAUAUUAUUCUGAAAUACUUUGUUCUUUACAUAGUUGACUGUGCUGACAACAAAAUCACACAAAAAUUAAAAAAUGGAAAUCAAAUUUUUCAACCCAUGGAGGUCUGGAUUUGGAGUCACACUCAAAAUUAAAGUGGAAAAACACACUACAGGCUGGUCCAACUUUGAUGUAAUGUCCUUAAAACAAGUCAAAAUGAGGCUCAGUAGUGUGUGUGGCCUCCACGUGCCUGUAUGACCUCUCUACAACGCCCAUGCAAAUCCUGGACAGUCUGUGGUGCUACGUGACGUUGGUGCAUGGAGCGAGACAUGAUGUCCUAGAUGUGCUCAAUUGGAUUCAGGUCUGGGGAACGGGCGGGCCAGCCCAUAGCAUCAAUGCCUUUGUCUUGCAGGAACUACUGACACACUCCAGCCACAUGAGGUCUAGCGUUGUCUUGCAUUAAGAGGAACCCGGGGCAUAUGGUCUCACAAGGGGUCUGAGGAUCUCAUCUCGGUACCUCAUGGCAGUCAGGCUACCUCUGGUGAGCACAUGGAGGGCUGUGCGGCCCCCCAAAGAAAUGCCAUCUCACACCAUUACUGACCCACUGCAAAACCGGUCAUGCUGGAGGAUGUUGCAGGCAGCAAAACGUUUUCCACUGCGUCUCCAGACUCUGUCACGUCUGUCACAUGUGCUCAGGGUGAACCUGCUUUCAUCUGUGAAGAGCACAGGGCGCCAGUGGCGAAUUCUCUGUCAAAUGCCAAACGUCCUGCAUGGUGUUGGGCUGUAAGCACAACCCCCACCUGCGGAUGUCGGGCCCCUUAUACCACCCUCAUGGAGUCUGUUUCUGACCGUUUGAGCAGUCAUAUGCACAUUUGUGGCCUGCUGGAGGUCAUUUUGCAGGGCUCUGGCAGUGCUCCUCCUGUUGCUCCUUGCACAAAGGCGGAGGUAGCGGUCCUGCUGAGUUCUUGCUCUCCUACGGCCUCUUCCACGUCUACUGAUGUACUGGCCUGUCUCCUGGUAGCGCCUCCAUGCUCUGGACACUAUGCUGACAGACACAGCAAACCUUCUUGCCACAGCUCGCAUUGAUGUGCCAUCCUGGAUGAGCUGCACUACCUGAGCCACUUGUGUGGGUUGUAGACUCCGUCUCAUGCAACCACUAGAGUGAAAGCACCGCCAGCAUUCAUAAGUGACCAAAACAAUAGGCCAGGAAGCAUAGGAACUGAGAAGCUGUCUGUGGUCACCACCUGCAGAACUACUCCUUUAUUGGGGGUGUCUUGCUAAUUGCCUAUAAUUUCCACCUGUUGUCUAUCCCAUUUGCACAACAGCAUGUGAAAUUGAUUGUCACUCACUGUUGCUUCCUAAGUGGACAGUUUGAUUUCACAGAAAUGUGAUUUACUUGGAGUUACAUUGUGUUGUUUAAAGGACCACUCUAGGCACCCAGACCACUUCAGCUUAAUGAAGUGGUCUGGGUGCCAGGUCCUUCUAGGGUUAACCCAUUUUUUUAUAAACAUAGCAGUUUCAGAGAAACUGCUAUGUUUAUCAAUGGGUUAAGCCUUCCCCUAAUCCUCUAGUGGCUGUCUCAUUGACAGCCACUAGAAGCGUGCUUCUCACUGUGAUUUUCACAGUGAGAACGCACGUAAAGCUUUGUGUAAAUGCUUUCCUAUGCGGCGAGCUGAAUCUUGGCGCAGCUUCUUGCGGCGUGCGCAUUCAGCCAGGAGGAUGGGAGGGAGGAGAGAAGGAGGAGAGCUCCCCGCCCAGCGCUGGAAAAAGGUAAGUUUAACCCCUUUUCCUCUCUCCAGAGCCGGGCGGGAGGGGGACCCUGAGGGUGGGGGCACCCUCAGGGCACUAUAGUGCCAGGAAAACGAGUAUGUUUUCCUGGCAGUAUAGUGGUCCUUUAAGUGUUCCCUUUAUUUUUCUGAGCAGUGUAUAAUGUUUACAUUGCGGCACUAAGUCUACCCCCAGUGGCUAUCUCCCAGACGGCCUCUAGAGGCGCUUCCUGCAUCCAAACAGACCUUUGGUCCGGUAUCUGAUGCUGGGCAUCUUCACGCUCUGCACGAGGACAUUCAGUGUCAGAUAUUUCUCCAUAGGAAAGUAUUUGUUCAAUGCUUUCCUAUGUGGAAGUCUAAUGCGUGCGUGGCAUUUGCUGCACAUGCGCAUUAGCACCGGCUCGCCGUGGCUCUUGGAUAAGGUAAGUAAAUAUUCACUGACUUGUGGGGUUUUGAGGAGGGAGGAGGCAGAGGGAACUAUAUCUUUGCAUUCCUGGCACUUAUAGUAUCCCUUUAAAGUGUGAUUAUGAGUGAUUAAUUAUUACGGAUGUUUUGUGUAUACAUAAAACAAUAGAAUUCCAUUAAUAAAUCUACAAUUUAAAACAAGGAAAUUGAAAGUAGAAUUCCACUACUUUCAGCAAUAUAUCUAAGAACAUAAUCCGAGACAAGAAGAAUUUAUAAUCAUCUUUAAUUCUGUUUCCGAGCUCUGAAUAAAUAAUGGCUCUUAGAAUAUUUAAAGAUUAAGUUAUUAGCAAAGAGAAAACUAGAUUGCUGCAAUUUCAAGUGUAACUUAUACAUAUCAAAUGACUUAUUGAAAACAAUUUACAUCCAUUCAGAUAAACUGCUUUAACAAUGUUGUUAGAUUUUAAGAGUUCUCGGCGUCCUGGAAGUUAUUCUUUAUUACCCAUAAGACACACGUUAGCAUGUCCCUCGCACCAUGGAACAGUUUAUAGCAGAAGAGACCCAGGGUCAGAUUUAAUGCAAAAAAUGGCAGACAAAAAUAUUUAUUAUACCAUUAUUUCACUUUACCGAUAAAUAAAAACAUCCUUUAGCCACUAAAAUGUUUGUGACAGAGACAUUUUGAAAAAUAAGUAGUUACAACUCAUGGAAAAAUAAACUUAUGAAUGAAUAAAUAAAUUAAUUAAAUUGUUAACUGUAGAAUGACUGCUCUCACUUGAUAGAGCAAUUUUGCCCAUCUUAAGUGGAAAUUAUUUUAAGUGGAAAUCAUAGGCGUAACUAGAAACCACGGGGCUUUGAUGCAAAAAAUUGCCCUGACCCCAUUCCCCAUGUGUCAUUCCCACCCGGCCCCUUCAUCUGUCUAUUCCUCAUUAUCCCCCAAACCCCUCCAUGUGUCUCAUCUUCCCCCAACCCCUACAUGUGUCUCAUUCCCCCCAGCCCCACCAUGUGUCUCAUUCUCCCCCCAGUCCUUCUAUGUGUAUCAUUCCCCCCAGCCCCUCCAUGUGUCUCAUUCUCCCCCCAGUCCUUCUAUGUGUAUCAUUCCCAGCCCUCAUGUGUCCAUUCUCCCCAGUCCUUCUAUGUGUAUCAUUCCCCCCCUCAUGUGUCUCAUUCUCCCCCAGUCCUUCCUAUGUGUAUCAUUCCCCCAGCCCUCCAUGUGUCAUUCUCCCCCAGUCCUUCUAUGUGUAUCAUUCCCCCCAGCCCCUCCAUGUGUCUCAUUCUCUCCCUCAUCUCAUUCAUGUGUCUUAUUCUCCCAUGCCCCCAGCCCCUCCGUGUGUCUUAUUCUCCCAGCCUCCUAGCCCCUUCAUGUAUUUUAUGCCCCAAUUCUACCCCCCAGCUCCUCCAUGUGCGUUAUUUUUCCAUUCUGGCCCCCAUGUGUGUUAUUUUCCCAAUCCCCACAGCCCCUUCAUAUGUCUCAUUAUCCCCCCAGCCCUUUAAUGCGUCUUAUUUCACCAUUCUACCCCACAUUUGUCUUAUUCUCCCACUCCACCACAGCCCCUCCUUGUGUCGCAUUCCCCCUCCCCUCCUGUACCGGCGUGGCCGAGCAGUACCCGUUCUGACAUAAAGUGCUUGUUGCUCUCAGUAAUUCCGGUCAGACUUGCUGACAUUGGCCCUGUAAGUUAUACAAUUGUAAGUUAUACAAUAAAAAUAGAGUUAGGUCGCGCCACAGUAAAAACAAUAAAAUAAUAUAGUACCAGUAGUAUACUUACAUACAAAUGUCAAAAUGUCAAAAUGAGAUAUAGAAUAGUCCUGGUUUUAAGACAUAUAAAUAGAAGUCCAACUCGACUGAGGAACUUAGAGUGUGAUAUGGAUCUGUGUGUAGUGAAGAUCGUGAAGUAAUCGGAUAUUUGGGUUCCGUAUAACAUGCAAAUGAGAAAAAAAACUCCAAUAGUGUAAUCUGUAUCAGGCAGUCAAAACAGGGGAACUUCAUAGCAGUAAUACUCCUACUCACCUAUUAGAGCACAAGGUUAAGGGGCCAAUAUUCCUUUAAUAGUACACACAUAAAAAGCAUUAAAAACAGCCAAAACGCAUUUCGCCAACACAGGGCUUCAUCAACUGGCAGUUAUGCCUGCUUAUUGGUCACGUGGGUUAUUAGUGCUGCUGGGCCCCCUGGAGUAAAGGGUCCGGUAGCAGCUGCGACCACUGAGACCAUGGUAGUUAUGCACUGGUGGGAAUUAUGUAUUCCAUAAACCUCUGCUGGGCAGCAGUUUAGGGGAUAACAUUAUUUUCCUGAUUAUGGUGGGCUUUGUCUGUAUCUGCAGUCAGGCCCACUAAACCCACCCCAAAGAAUCUAAGGAUUUUUUCUCUCUAAGAAAUACUUAAAUAUAAAUAAGAACAUUGCCAUGGGUUCACAGAACUUCCAUAUGAUCACUCAGAGGAAAUUUGAAAUUAGUCCCAUCAUUAAUUAAUGAAAAACAUGGAAUGCCAGGAUAUGCUAAGCCCCUUUGUUCUAAACAUAUAAAUCAACACACUCUCUCUGACCCUUGUAGACAGGGGUCCCAAUUCCACAGCCACUUAUUCCAUAAGUUAAAGUACAUAAAUUGGUAUUCCUAUCCAGCCCUCAUUAUUACUAAUUAUGUAUCAAAAUGGGAUUGUCUACCAUAAUUUUAGAGGGAAAAAAAAAAAUCACACUUAAAAUAUAGAGAAGUCAUUAAAUCCUAACCCCAGUAAAUUUAUUUUGUUUACUUGUAGGAGUGGAGUAUUUGGCCACAGACAGAUCAGGCUAGCAGCAGCCAGUAAUUGUUUUAAUUAGUUUAUCCUCUGAUGUUGAUGCAUUUACUGGAAGAGAAGAAAGGUUAGAGUCGAGGUUUAGAGUGCCACUAAUCAUCCAGGUAGUAGAGGUGGUGAAUGAUUGAAGAAAACAAGUAAAUAAGCAGAAAACUGCAAAACAAAUCCGUUAUUAAUGUAUCACUGUACCGUGACUGAUUACUUGUAUCUAAAUCAGGGGUAGGCAAGCUUCCGCAUUCCUGAUGUUAGGGACUACAUCUCCCAUAAUGCUCUUUACAGCCAUAACGCUGGCAAAGCAUCAGGGGAGAUGUAGUCUACAACAUCUGGAGUGCCGAAGGUUGCCUACCCCUGAUUUGAGCGUAAGGAGAAAGUUUAAACAGAUUUUCUUUUCAACAUAUAUCUCAUUCUGCUUUACUGAAAGACCUGCUCGAAGACAUUUCUGAAGUGUAUAAAGCCAGCCAGAAAAGCCAGUGACUGCUGAGAGAGGUCCCUGAUCCUCGGGUGCCUUUUAAUCUAGUGAGCAUGGUUAAUUGAAAGCUAAUUAAUGAUUUGAGUACAAUCUGAACCUAACUUGGAAUUAUGUGUACAGGACUUUGUAUAGAAUGCAGUAGUGUUAGUGGUCAGUUUAUUACGCAGAGGUACAUAGUUAGGUAGUAUUUAAUGAUAUACACUCUCUGUUCUACCAAUGGGAGGAAUUAAUAUUGCCUACAGUUGUUGCCAUAAAAUAUGUUUUUUCUUCUACUACAGAAAGUCUAUAUGUACUAUCGUACCUAUUUAUUUAAGUUACAUUAAAGUGAUUUGCAUUGCAGUGGGAUUUAGUGUGCAGCCAAAAGAAUAAACGUCAGUUGGCACAGUCCAUAUACAUGGCAGGAGUGUUGGUGGGAGCCAUCAUCCUAGGUGGUCUUUCGGAUAGGUGAGUAGGUUACAUUGUAUCCUCCAUUUUAACAGUACACGUUUGUUUUCAUAAAAUGGGUUUGACAUCAGAACAUUUCCUUGCAUCAUCACAUUUGAAAACUGUGUAUAUAUCUUGUUUGGAUCAUUUGUUAAUCUGUUGAGCAGUUUAUACUAAUAAAAAAAAAGGACUUUGUGUGGGCGUGCUGCAUGUUCAGCAUCGACAGUCAGUGGAAGAAACAAAAUAAUAAAAAAAUAAUCAUCUCAACUGUGAUUGGCAGUUGGCAUCACAUUUUCUCUACAAAACUUCUAUUCAAGAUGGCUGCCGUCACACUGGUAAACAGAUCCUCAAGUAAUUACAGCAAGAUAGGCUUGCUAUAGAGUGGUGUAAAAAUAAUUGUUGUGUUUUGAGAAUCCAAUUUUAAGUAAAGAAAACAUAAAACUACGGGGUCACUUUAAACAAACCUGCUGUUCUUUCAAGUCAUGAUAGACACUGGGAUCUAAAAGCAUUUUCUGGAAUUUCUCUAGGUAUGGACGAAGAGCACUACUCAUCUGGUCUUACUUACAAAUGGCUGUCAGUGGGAUCUGCACUGCAUUCUCCCCAAAUUACAUCGCUUAUUGCGUGUUCCGUUUCCUUGGGGGAAUGGCUUUGUCUGGAAUUAGUCUGAACACCACUGCGUUAAGUACGUAGGUAUAAGGGAAAGUGGAAAAAAAUGCUAUGGGAUUUCUAUUGUGCCUGUUUAUAAAUAUCGCUUUUUUUGUUAUUGUGAAGUUGGCAAAUGGGUGACUAUAGUGAAGGCCAGCAGAACAUAUACAGAUAUAAAGAUAUAAUUGUGAAUUACAAAUAUUUUUUGAAAAAAUAUAGAAUCAAACCCAUCAUCCCUUAGCCCCUUUUAAUUUAUUUUUUUAAGACAGGGAGAGAUCACUGUGGACAAACUACAGGUUUGUUGAGUAUGCUGUAACAGUGGUUUCCAAACGUUUUUCUCUUGAGUACCUCUUGGCAUCCCAUUUCCAUAUUAUUGUAAUUAUUUUAGUUGCUGCUAUUUCAAAUUUAUAUGCCUUUUUUCUGUCCCAUCUCCCAUUUUUCUCUGUUCCAGGCUCACCACAGUACAGAUACAAACAUGUGGAUACACAGACAUACAGAUGCAAACACUGACACAUAUACAGUUGCACAGAACCAAUGAUACACAUACUGGCAUACAUGCAGAUACACAUACUGACAUACAUAUAGUUACAAGGGCAUACUGAUAUAUACACACUAACACAUAUACAAAUGUACAGACACACAGGUACAAACACUGCCACACAUGCAGAUAAACAAAUGGCAACCCUUAUAUAAAUAAAGUUGAGCAGACACACUGAUAACCACACUGCCACACAUAAAGAUACACAGGUACAAGCACUGCCACACAUACAGACACGCAGAUACCCAUGCAAAUAUACACAGAGACACAUAUAUGUACAGACACACAUACAAACACUGCCACACAUACAGACAGAUGAAGACACACACACACUGCCACACAUGCAGAUUCAUAGACACACAGAUACAAUCACUGACACGCAGACAGAUACAGACACCGAUACACAUGCAGAUAGAAAGACACAUAUAUUGACACACAUGCAGAUAAACAGACACACACACAAAUACACACAUAUACAGAUACACAUACACAGAUAAACUGACAUAGAGAUACACACACUGACACAGACAUACAGACACACACACAUAUACACUGACACACAUGCAGAUACAGACAAUUAGAUACACACACUCAUACACAUACAGAUACAAUGACAAACACAGAUACCAGAGCCGGCCCAAUAAUUUUUCUGCCUGAGUUUCCCAAAAAUACGCCACCCAAAACACGCCCACAUUCAUUAUGUUGCAUUAUGAUAAUUAAAACUAAAAUUGAAUAUAUCAUCAUUAGAUAAAUACAUUCCAGUAACAUGUUUAGAUCAAUGCACACUAAAUUAAACGUCACAACAUAUAUGCUCCUGCAGUGGUAUUAAAAUAUUAUCUAAGUACAAAAUACAUCAAUCACUAGCAAUAACAAACCAAAAAGGAGUAAGUUAAUUUGUCAUGUUGGAUGUAUGCCAUUAUUCUGGGGAUGUAGUGGUGUGCUGGGGAUGUCAUGUGUUUGUGUGUGUGUAUGUUGGGGAUGUAGUGUGUCUGUGUGUGUAUGCUGGGAAUGUAGCAUGUAUGUGUGUGUGUGCGCUAGGGAUGUAGUGUGUCUGUGUGUGCACUAGGAAUGUAGCAUGUCUGUGUGUAUGUGUAUGUAUGCUGGGGAUGUAGUGUGUGUGUGCUGGGGAUGUAGUGUGUUUAUGUGAGCUAGAAAUGUAGUAUGUCUGUGCGUGUGUAUGCUGGAGAUGUGCUGUGUCUGUGUGUGUGCUGGGGAUGUAGUGUGUGUGUGUCUGACUCCUGCACUCCUGCAAGUCCCGCUGCCUGUGCUGGUUAUUUGGCCAUUACAGCACACAUAGCCAGACACAAAGGAGAAUUCUGAAACUCUCGGGGGCUAGCCCACAGCAACAGCCAUGCAGCAAAUCGCUGUAAGUGAAGUUUCAGGACUCACAGCUGGUAAUCUCAGAGUGCCAGAACUUCAGUAGGAUCAAUGUUAUAACCCCGAGGACCCGGCCAGCCUCCCUCUGCAGAUUACUAUGAUUUUUUUAAACUUUAUUUCGGUGGACGAGCUGAUCGGUGAAGACUGGGCUUUCCUGGCACUUUGACAGGGGUGAAAUAUAGAUGCACACACACAAACAGAUGACACACUGACACACACAUACAUACAGAUGCCCACACUGACACACACACAGAUACACAGACAUACAGAUGCACACACUGACACACAUACAGAUAUACAGACAUACAGAUACACUGACACACACACACAGAUACACAGACAUACAGAUACACACCCAGAUACACUAACACACAGACAUACAGAUACACUGACAUCCACACACAGACAUACAGAUACACUGACAUCCACACACAGAUACACAUACAUACAGAUACACACACAGAUACACAGACAUACUGAUACAUAGACAUACAGAUGCACAAACAGAUACACUGACACACACACACGGAUACACAGACAUACAGGUACACACAGAUAUACACACACACACACAAAGAUAAGCAGACAUACAGACAUACUGACAUACAGAUACAGAGACAUACAAAUACACUGACACACACAGAUACACACCCAGAUACACUGACACACAAAGACAUACAGAUACACUGACAUACACACACAGAUAUACAGAUACACACAUAGAUACACUGAUACACAGAUACACUGACACACCCAGCGAUAUACAGAUAAACACACAGAUACACACACACACACAGAGUUACACAAACAUACAACUACAGUGACACAUACAUACAGAUACACACACACACACACACACACACAGAAACACACACAUUCAGAUACAUAGACAUACAGAUACACAAACAGAUACACUGACACACACAUAGAUACACAGACAUACAGGUACACACAUACACACACACACACACACACAGAUACACAGACAUACAGAUACACAGACAUACAGAUAUACUGACACACACACAGAUAUACAGAUAGACACACACACACACAGAUAAACAUACAUACAGAAACACACACACACACACACAGGUACUCACAGAUACAAACACUACAUACAUACUGACACCCAAAACACACACAUAUAUACCUUUUGGGUGGCUUCUGUGGCUGAGGCUCUGGGGAGUUAAGGGCUAUCUCCUCUCCCAGUCCCCUCUGUCCCGCCCCCCUUUGCGGAUUGGUUACAACUGGGAGGAAGUGUGCGUCUUGCUCUCACUUGCUCCCAGCGCUAUUAAAGCGCUACAGAGCACGACCGGGCCCCUCAUAGUACAUGUCCAUCGGGUGGUCCUGAGUGCAUGGGCCACUCGAUGGACCCACUCACCUUGCAGUCCCCAGUCUUUGCGGGCCAGUUGCACCACGUUUUUUUCCGCGUAUCCCCUUGGGUACUUAAUUGUACCCCUGGUGUACGCAUACCACGGGUUGGGAGCCCCUACUCAUAAAGAUUAAUAGGUUUUUUUACAACUCUUCUAGGUUCUCUGUUAGUCAUUAAAAAAAAAGCAAUGGAAUAAAAGCCUAUGGGGUUGCCCACUCAUAUAAGUACAAGAGAUGUUUUACAUAUGCUCUCACUCGCCAUGGCACAGUGUGGGCAUGUCCACUACACAGCAAGCAGCUAGUAGCUCCCUGUCCUGGGGACCAGGGGUCUCUAAGGCAUCAGCAAUAGCUGCCCAGUCACCAGUAUUUGAAAGGCAGCAUGCAGUCACUGAUGCCCUCCAUGCUUUUCCACAAAAUGUUUUGAAACAUUAUGAUUCAUACAUUUCUUUUAUAUAUUAUUAAUAUGUUCACCAAUACGGACUUUGUUAUAUUUUUCUUUCCUCCACCUUUGUUCGGCAUACUAGGGAGCCCAGGAAACAACUUCAUGUAGUAAACGUAAGAAACACACACUGAUCACUCACAACAUUAAAACCACCUACCUAAUAUUGUGUAGAUCCCUUUUGUGCUGCCAAAACAGUUCUGAGGCGUCUUGGCAUGGGCUCCACAAGACCUCUGAAUGUGUCUUGUGGUAUCUGGAACCAAGACAUUAGAUCGUUUAAAUCCUGCAAGUUGUGAGGUGAGUCUUCCAAGGAUUGGAUCUGUUGUUGUAACACAUCCCACAGAUGCUGAAUCUGGGGAAUUUGUAGGCAAAUGGAACACCUUUGUCAUGUUCCUCAAACCAUUCCUGAACAAUUUUUAAAUUGUGGCAGGUAGUAUUAUUUUGCUGAAAGAGGCCACUGCCAUCAUGGAACAACAUUCCCAUGAAGGGGUGUACAUGGUCUGCAACUAUCUGUAGGUAGGUGAUACAUGUCACGGCAACAUCCACAUGAAUGCCGUAACCAAGGUUUCCCAGCAGAACAUUGUCAAGAGCAUAACACUGCCUCCACCAGCCUACGUUCUUCCCAUAGUUCAUCCUGCAGCCAUAUCUUUCCCAGGUAAAUGUUGUUCAUUUAUCCGGCCAUCCACCAGAUCUAAAAUAAAACAUGAUUCAUCAAACCAGGCAACCUUCUGCUCCGUGGUCCCAAGGCCAUCUUUAAUAGUGAUUGGGCCCUGGGCAAGCCUUUGAUGGGGCCCCUGACCUCCACUCCCUGACAUGCAAUCACUCUCUUCACUUCCCAACACAGUAGCCGAACCAUUUUCCCAUGUUUGCAGAGUUGUAUUUAGCACUGAGCUGUGUUUGUGUGUUUGAAUGGAAGCAUGUUUUUGUAUGGAAUAUGUUUGUGUAAAUGUAGGGGUGUGUUUGUAUGUGGUGUUGGUGUGUGAAUGCAAGCAUGAAUCUAUGUGUAGUUUUUUUUUUGAAUGCUGGGGUGUAUAUUUUUGGUGUUUAACACAAAGGUGUGUUUGUAUGUACUGUUGACGUUUCAAUGCAGAAUUAUGUUUGUAUGUAGUGUUGAAGGUUGAAUGCAAGGGUGUACUUGUGUGUAGUGUUGGCGAUUUGAAUGAUGAGAUGUAUGCACAUGUACACAUACACUGCCACACAGACACACUGUGAUACACAUACACACACACACACACACAGAAACACAUGCAGAUACACAGACAGAUAUAAACACUGACACUCACACUAACACACAUGCAGAUACAGACUGACACAGAUACACACACUAACACAUACAGACAUACAGAUACACAACCCGACACACAUACCGAGACAUAUAUACAAACACUGACACAUAUGGAUACUCAGACACACUGAUGCAUAUACUGACACACAUGCAGAUACACAAAUAAAAACACUGACUAUAUACAGAUGCACACACAAAUAUACACACACAGGUACACACACUGACAACAUACAGAUACACAAAUACAUACAAUGAUAACAUACAGGUACACACACUGACACACAUACAAACACGCAGAUACACAUAGUGACACACACUGACAGACAUACUAAUACACACACAGAAAUAGUGACACACACACAGACACCCUGACAGACAUACUCACACACACACACACAGACAUACUGACACACACACAUAUGCCCUGACAGACAUACUGACACACACACAGACAUACUGACACACACACCCUGACAGACAUACUGACACACACACACACACGCCCUGACAGACAUACUGACACACACACAGACAUACUGACACACAGACAUAGUGACACAGACACCCUGACAGACAUAUUGACACACACAGACAGAUAUACUGACACACAGACACCCUGACAGACAUACUGCCACACUGACAGGCUCACACACACACACAAACACCCUGACAGACAUACUCACACACAUACACACAUACUAAGACACACAAAGACAUAAUAAGACACACACAAAUACUGACACACACACACACAAUACUGGCACACAUGCAAAGUUUACAUUUAUAAAGCCACCCACCAGCCCUACUUUAUGGGUUCAGGAGGGUGGUUCACCGGGGUCCAGUAACAGGCUGAGGUAGUUGGGAGUGUGAGGCUCUGGCACUUCAGCUGCCUCCUGAUGGCCUUCUCCUCCAUCCUGCACAGCUUCACUCUAUCUGGGAGGAAGUGACUCGCUGCAGUCACUUCCUCCCAAGGCCAAAAUAAUUGAGCUGGAAAAAUAGCUGACUUGAGAGAAAUAUUUUAUUUGUGCUGGUUUUUUUUUUUUUUUGCAAACACAAAAGAAAUAAAUAAAACCACUAUCAAUGCAGUGUAAAUACCUACACUUAAAACAGUGUGCCCUCUGCACACCAAACAAUAAGUAAACAAAAACAACCAAUAAGUGGGGUAUAGAUAAAGGAGAAUAAAUCUCCUAUAUAAAGGAGGUAAUACCACCUUAAGAAACAAUAGGCGAAAUAUAUCCAGAUAUCAAAAAGGCAAACAGAAUCAACAUAGGGUAAUGUCGUCAGGUACCAGUAGACCUGCAAAUUAUAAAUUGCACUUACAGGAACUUGGAUAUAAGUAAGCCCAUCAAAGUAAUAUCAGCAUAGAAGUGUAUGUAGGCAGACUCUUUUUCAUUUCCAAUGUAAUUAUGUUCUUUGCUUAUAAUAAGAACAGAGAACAAAAGAUAGUGCAGAUGGUAGAUAUAAACACACAAGAUUUAUUUAUAUUGCACUUAUAAGAUAAAAUUUAAAAAAACAGCAUAUCUCUGCAUCCAGCGGAUCCAGGUGGUGUGAGUGUACUCCCAAAACUGGCUGUUCGAAGAACAAUGAUUAUAAAGGCGCUUGCUUGCCAGCCUCCUGCCCACAGACUAUGGGUCCUGUAGGGAAACCUGUAAAAGUAUUCCAAAGUUGACCGACCGUUAGCACUGAUUUCAUGGAACUGUUUUGGGCAUUGGAACAUGCGUGCGGUCGGUCAAAAGUAUGACUUCCAGGAAAUUCCUAAACCUCUGAACUGAUCUGGGUGUUUUUGGAUAUGUUGGUCACUCAGAUCGGGGCUAUCAGGGGAUGUAACUUGUGUGGGGUUUCCAUAGGUUUUGAGGGUACUUUAAGGGGUACUGUUAAAAAGUAUGUUUUUCUGUGCUUGGAGAUAAUUAGAUUGGAUUAGUACAGUUCCUGAUUUAAUUAUCUCCCAGGCACAGAGGAGGGAUUAUCUUAUUUGUGUAUGGGAGUAUCCUGGACCUAAGAGCCAAUGUUAUUGUGUGGUUGUUUUUACUGUAGUCUACUCUCAGGUCCAGGGGGGAGUGCCCCUUGCAUGGAGACCUGCAUAUAAGGUCAAUUGUGGCUGCCAAUAAAUAAGUUCCUGCCUACCUUCAACAUAGAGUCUCAUCUCAUGUGUAGGGGGAACAGCUGUAUCUGCUCUUGGGAUUGCUAUAUCACUAUACUCCUCUGAGUUAUAAUCACUUGCUCUUGUAAGAGCAGCCUGCCACACUUUCUGGAGUAGGAGAGGUCUGCCCACUGGAAGCUUGAUCCUGGUCUUGGGUCCAGGGUAGGUGAAGGACGGCGAGACCCCAGCCAAGCUGUAACGCUGGAUAUGGGGACUACAGUGCUGAUGGUGUCUGGUGGAGUGCUUGGAGGCACUAGGAAGCAGUGAUUGGCGGAGGCACCUAGUCAGGGUGCUAGGCGGUCCGUCACAUAGGUGGAAUGUGAAAGGGUGGAAAUCCAAAGUUAUUCUGCAAUCUUUUGUUUUGAAGGUGUCAAAUAUGCUUCAUAAAAGAAGACUUCGAGUUAAACUGUGGUUUAUUAUCUGUGGCCUAAUAACAGUCAUUUUAGCAUACAUUAAAUAAGGGCACCAUAACAACUUUACAUGAAUGCAAAUAUUAUGCUGCAUGACAAGUUCUCAUUUGCUGUAUCGGUUUCAUCCAACCUGUGCUUGUGGUUUUCCUCCCCCGGAUUUAGCCUGAGUGGUAGCUGCAUGAAUGUGCAGUCGGAGUCUUGGGUAGUCACUGUACACAAUCCAGUUCACAAAACUGUGAAUACAUUGUUAGCAGGUAUGCUUUAUUAAUAAUUUCUGCUCAUAUAGGUAUAGGAUCUGUGAGAUCCAAUUAUAAGACCUAAGAACUUAGUGACCCUCUCACUUACACCUAAUACAUGUGCGAUGGAGGGAUUAAAAAAAUUGUGUGUCACCAUAACCCAAUAUGAACCAGAGAGUAUAAGCAAUUAGAACCCUCUUCCUCUACCACGUGUGUUGGAACAGAAAAUAGCCCUACCUCUUUUACCAUCAAGCCUAAACCACCAUUAACAUUACCCUCCAUUUAAAAAGCCAUGGAGUGGAUACAAGGUUUGGGGUCAUUCACAGUGCCCCAACUUGAUAGUAAUUAUACUUUCCCCACUGUACACAGGGUGGAGAAAGGAAACUAGGCCAAUUUAAGGCUCUCUCAUAGUAAUUGUAUGUUUGCUAUCCACUUUCUCUGUGAAAGAGGUCAAAGGAAGCUAAGGAGGAGGACUUAUAUCUGCCCUGAUCCCUCCCAGUUAUGUUUGGAGUCUCGAACACUCUACUUUUUUUUUUCUCAUCUAUGCUUUUCAGUGGAGAGGCUUUACUUUUUAAAUAAGUUUAAUGUCUCUAGAAAAAAACAACACAGACAGCAACUCGUAAAUCGACAUGUUUGUUUCUACAAAUGUGUAGCCAACCUAGAUCAUAUGCUAUUAAAGCAAGGUAUACAUACUUUUAUAAGUCCUUAUUGUAAUUACACUGUUUGUAAAGUGUUGCGUAGAUCAAGAUCUCAGUUAUGAUUUGUCAUCGAAGAUCUGCUGGGUUAUAUAACCAUUUUACAAUGUGUUUUAGCUCAAUGAUUUACCAAUUUGCAUGUAAAGCUUUUAUGAAAGCUACAUUCCUUGUUUAAAGAAAUUGCAUCUGUGACUUAAGAGAAACUAUAUUGUUUAAAGGGUGUGUGGAAAGGGGUUGGCAGGUUUGAACAUUCAUACCAGGGAUUUAGGGAACAUUGCUUUCAAAUGAUGGUUUUUGGAGAAAUUCUUACUCCUCCUUGUGGAUAAAUAUAUAUAAUUAUAUAUAACUCUUCAGCCACAAGUUAUUUUGGCUUUGGAACCACAUAUUCUCACUUUUUAAUAUCCUAGCCGCUGGUGCCCAUGUGCCAUAUUAUGAACCCCUCAGUUGCCACACAUUGGGAGAUUGAAAGGGGAGUACCAUAGAGUAAUAUAUCCCGUCAGUUGGGGGUGUUCUUUUGUUGUUUGUACGUAUUAAUUUUAUUGUGAAUUUAAAAUACAAUACACAAAACAAUUAUCAUGAAAAAAGGCAUGCAAGCUUAUGCAGUAAUACCAAUAGAUUAGGUUAAAAAAAAUACAUUCACAUUAUUAUAUAUGACAAAUAAAAAAAUAAAUGUAAGAAGGGAACAGGAUAAAACCAUAUUUAAUUCCUGGUAAGGGCAGCUCAUUAGGUAGAAGAUGGAACUGAAAAGAGGACAUCCCCCUUCACUGUAGAUGGUCCAAAGGAUGUAAUUGAAGAAGUGGGAUCAUAUUGUUGGGAUCAACUAAAAUGUUCAACUUAUCAAGAGCUAAAAAAUUAUAUCACAAAGGUAACAAUAUUUUUUUUUCUCUUACUGUAAGAAACUGGGGGCUGCCAUUAAAGAUUUUGUGAGUUACUGCAUUGAAAUUUAAAGCAGACUCACUGGUUAAGUGCACACACACAUUGAGUGCUUCUGUUUCUAACUGAUGGCAUCUAAAUAAGCAACAUUGACUUAAUUCAAAUGAAGUCUUGGGAUGAGGUAGAGUGGGGUGGUGAGCCAGGGGAUGGGAUGCUGAGGAACAGGAUAGAGUAGGGUGGUGAGCCAUUGGAUGGGAUAGUGAGGCCUGGGAUGGGGAGACCUGGGAUGGCAUGCUGAGGCAUGGGAUGUUGUGAGGUAGUGAGCUAUGUGAUAGGUGUGGGAUGGGAUAGUGAGGCAUAAGAUGGGAUGGUGAGCUAUUGGAUGAGUUGGUGAGGCAUGGGAUAGUGAGGCAUGGCAUGGGAUAGUGAGGCACAGGAUUGGAUGGGGUGGUAAGCCAUUGGAUGGAAUGGUGAGCCAUGGGAAGUGAUGGUGAGCCAUGAUAUGGGAUAGUGAGGCAUGGGAUUGGGAAGCAUGGGAUGGCAUGCUGAGGGGUAUGUUGUGGGGUAGUGAGCUAUGUGAUAGGGUUUUGAGGCAUGGGAAGGGAUAGUGAGGCAUGAGAUGGUGAAGCCUAAUAUGGGAUGGUGCGCUAUAGAAUGAGUUGGUGAGGCAUGGGAUAGUAAGGCAUGGCAUGGGAUAGUGACACAUAGGAUAGGAUGGGGUGGUAAGUCAUGGGAUGGGAUGCUGAGGCAUUAGGUGUUAAAGGGUGGUGAGCCAUAGGAUGGGGUGGUAAGCCAUGUGAUGGGAUGGUGAGGCAUAGAAUGGUAUAGUGAGGCAUGGGAUGGGAUAGUGAUCCAUGGAAUGGAAUGGUGACCCAGAGGAUGGGAUGGUGAGGCAUGGGAUGGUGAGGCAUAGGAUGGGAUGAUAAUUCAUAUGAUGAGAUGGUGAGGCAUGAGAUGGGAUGGUGAGGUAUGAUAGGGCAUGAGAUGGGAUGGUGGGGCUUAUAAUGGGAUAGUUUGGUAUGACAAAUAUAUUAAUUCUGCUAUUUUUCUUUUCUGUUAGUUGUGGAGUGGAUUCCUACUAAAGUUCGCACAAUCACAGGCACAAUAGCAGGAUAUUGUUACACAGUUGGACAACUUCUACUGGCAGGAUUAGCGUAUGGCAUACGAGACUGGCGUUGGCUGCAGCUAUGUGUCUCUUUACCUUUUUUUUUCUUCUUUUUAUACUCCUGGUUAGUAUUACAACCCAACAUUCCUAUGGUUUUUUUACAACACAAUAAUGUACAGACCUUCAUUAUGUACCUUGCUCAGUAUCAUUGACAGUGUAUGCCUCUGUUAUCAAGUGCAACGGUUUACCUUAAUUAACUUUGUGGAUGUGUCUGUACAAAAAAUAUUGAAUGAUAGGGAAUGCAAGGCAUACCAAAAAGUUAGAAAUCCUAAUUUGCUACAGAUAACUGUUAGGGGCAGACUGGAUGGGUUAAUUGGUAAAUUGCAGCUGUCAAAUGUAGUUUUCCCUGUAAUGAUGUAAUUGAAACACUACACUGAGCUCUGAUAAUGAAAGGAUAACACAAGAAAAGAAAAUAUUAGUUCAGACCAGGUAAAACAGUUUUUGGCACAUCCAGGCCUAAUAUAAAUCUUCGUAGGUUGGUGCCAUAACGGCUUAUAUAGAGUACUGUGUUUUCUACCCUUAAACCUGUCUCAACAAAACUCAAUCAGAAUUUCCUUUUUCAUUGGAAAUAACAUAGUGACAUAUAGCUUGACUAUUACAUUAAGGCUUCCACUUCUAACAUUUGAAAAAAUAAAAAUAAAUUUGAUUUCCUCCUAGGUGGUUUCCUGAAUCUGCCCGUUGGCUUGUUCUGUCUGGAAAACCCGAACAAGCAGUCAAGGGGAUGAAAAAAGUAGCAAUUUUAAAUGGGAAGAGAGAAGAAGGGGAGAAGAUAACUUUAGAGGUAACGGGACAUAUAUUUAUUUAUCUACACUUUUCAUCACAGCUCAAAGAGCUGCUUAUUUAACCUUCACUACCGGUGGAAUGUGCAGUAGAAUAGUCAUAAAAAUGAUGGAUCCCAGCAGUUCUUAAACACACAUCAAACACCUUCAUAGAACUUCUAGGUUUCAGAUCUCAUACUUCAGCUUGGAUGGCAUUUUAAGGAUAGACUUCCCCCUGCUGCUUUCUGUCUAGUGACACUAGGUCUCAUCUGCUUUAGACCUGCACAUCAGUUCUAAAAAUCUGUAAGCUCCUUUUAGAUAGUAUUCUCUCAUAAACUAGGCCUGGAUAUGUUUCCUAGACUACCUAUUGCUGCUCAGAACCUGUUGGAUAUGCAUGCUAUCUACCCAAUGUUCUCUCUUCCACUUGCUCUUGAGGUAGAUUAAGUAAAUACAUUAACAUUUUGUAUAUAGUCAUAACUAUAAAGAACAGAUAACCUAUACUCCAGCUUUCUCUAUAACAAAUGUAAACAUUUCAAAACAACCCUGACACUAAGGUAAUAGCUGCAAUAUAGUGAACGGCAUUGGCAUAAUAUUGCAAGACGUGUACACUGAAUAACGAUAUACAUUGUAACAGUGCUCACACAACGGUAUUGAGGUGUACCCCCACUGCAUCCUGCACCCUCAAAUAUUUGUGGAAAAACAUUGAAUGCAAUUACCCUAAACAAUAAGGUAGUUCCCUAAGUACAAAAAGAUAAUAGUAAACAAAUACACAGAGCGAUCAACUGUGUGGGUGAUAGAAAUAAAUGUACAAGUUAUCAAUAGGGUACCAAAUAGGAAAAUCCUAUUACCAACUUGGAUAAACUAUAAACAAGAAAAAAGAAUCCCAUGGCACACAAAAUAUGUAAUGGAAAAUAGACUUCGUUCAAGAAUAUAUCAUUCAAGAAUAGUACACAGGAAGUGCAUAUAUAUAUAUAUAUAUAUAUAUAUAUUUAUAUAUAUAUAUAUAUAUAUAUAUAUAUAUAUAUAUAUAUAUAUAUAUAUAUAUAUAUAUAUAUAUACACAUGUAUAAAUAUAUAUCCAUACUAAGAUCCAUGAGAUCUCUUUGAGAAAAGCGUCCAGCCAAAACGUUUUUUUUUUUUUCUUUUGGUCUCCAUCCUGUGGUCAGUAUACCUUGAGUUACAUUUAUCUGUCUAUAUGUGUGUACUUUAUACUGCAUUUAUACUGCAAAGCUUGUCCUUCCAAAAUUAUUUUUUGGUCUCCAUUCUGUGGUCGGUAUACCUUUAGUUUAGUGUUCUUUAUACUACAUGUAAGUGUUUGGUACAUAGUUUUUUUCACAUAUAUGGAGAUAUAUUUAUACUUGCAAGUGCACUUUAUGUGUACUAUUAUUGAGUUAUAGGAUACAUAAAUAAAAUACAUUUUUCAUUACAUAUAUGCUGAGCUAUGGGUUUCUUUUUCUAGUUCCCUAAGCACACCCUAACUCUUACUAAGUUCCAACUCUAAGUAACCCCUAACCUUAGUGUAGAUUUGUAAUAUAUCCACAAUGCACUUAGGCACAUAAAAAAACACAGCAACAAAUGAUAUAUACAAAUAGCGAGGAUCCCUAAAGCUAUGUCUUGUUUUAGUUUGUUUACAGUUCGUUUUAAAUGUAGCCCAGUCUUUCACAGAUCAAAUUGGCAAGAAUCAGAGCUAUCUCACCCAGUCUUGAUAAUUGUGUGUCUCAAAACACCAGGCAUAGUAUGUAGAAAGUAGCUGACAGCGUUUAAACACCCAUGUACCGAUCAGUUUGUAGACAGCGAGGCACUAGCGAGGCUCCUUUCAGCUGCAAUAGACCUCCCAGACAGCUACACACACACUACUGCGGCCUCCAAAAGCCUGUCGGGGAGACAUCUUAAGCAUGAUGAGAUAUACCAAAUAUAAUAUAUAUAUAUAUAUACUAUAGAUGUAAAAUAACAGAUGAAAUUAGAAUCUUGUAAUACCUUUUUUUAUUGGACUAACAGAAUUUUGGACUGACAAGCUUUCGGGAGAACCUCCUGGUCUCAAGUCUAAAGCCUUUCUGAGCAAAGACGACACAUAGAAUUCAAAGUUGAGUUGUGAUACUUGGGGUUAAAACGAUAUGAGUGCAGAUAAUACACAGGAUUGAAUAGACUUGAGAAAGGGAGGUUCUCCUGAAAGCUUGUCCUUCAAAAUUCUUUUAGUCCAAUAAAAAACAUAUUACAAGAUACUAACUUCACCUGUUGUUUUAUAUCUACAUCACUGGACUCAUUCCCUACUCCAAUAUAUAUUAUACAUAUAUGCAUACCGAAGGUCCCUGCAUACCACUGUGAGAAAAAAUUAAAGGGACUCUCCAGUGCCAGGAAAACAAAUCCAUUUUCCUGGCACUGCAGAAUACUGCAGUGCCCCCCUCCCUUCCACCUCCGAUCCCAUGUUGCUGAAGAGGUUAAAACCAAUUUAGUAACUUACCUGAAUCCAGCGCCGAUGUCCCUAGGCACUGGGACAGGCUCUGCCCACGCUCCUAAUGUGCAUGCGCGGCAAUGGUCGCGCGCGCAUAAGACCUCCCCAUAGGAAAGCAUUGUUCCGGCGAUGCUGGAAGUCCUCAUGCAUAGCGUGAGGACGCCAGGAUAGUUUAAAACACUUUUCAUCUGAUAGACAGGCACUAGAGGAGAACUUAACCAUGCAAGGUAAUUAUUGCAGUUUAUAAAAACUGCAAUAAUUAUACUUGCAGGAUUAAGGGUGAUGGGAGCUGGCACCCAGACCACUCCAGUUGGCUGAAGUGGUCUGGGUGCCUGGAGUGUCCCUUUAACCCCUUAAAGACCAAACGUCUAGAAUAAAAGGGAAUCAUGACAUGUUACACAUGUCAUGUGUCCUUAAGGGGUUAAACAAGUCACUCUUAAACAUAGGCAUAUUCAUUUCAAUGAACAUAGUAUCUCCUCUACUUUUGAGUAUUCGCCACUUUUAAAGGGAUAGAAACCAUUUUAGGUAACUUUUUUUUACGUGUGAGUCUGUCUGGGUUAUCCACUAAAGUGAAAAUUCAAGUUAGUUUAAUAUUUAAGAUCAAAACUUGCCAAACUGGAAAAAUGAUCUAAGCCAGCUAAGUUUUCUAUUCAGAAUUUGAAUUCUCACUUUGCUACUUAACCCUGUGUCUGUGCGUAUAUACAUGGUUCAUAUUAUGUGAGUGCAGGGGUGAAACCAUGUGGUACUUUGAAUAAAAAAGCUGGGCUAGGGCACCCAGAAAUAUAUUACUGCUUUUAAAUAUUCAUUAUAGUAUAGACAUUACUAACAGUAAAAAAAAAUUAUAUGUUUACAUUUUAUUUAUAGAUAUCCUUCUCUGACGCAGGUUUGUCAAUGCUUUCUUUUAAUUCAUGUUUUUUAUUGGAUAGGACAAGUUAUGCAAAAAAAAAAAAAAAAAGAUUUGUAAGUUGCUUAACAGCUUUGGGUACACAGCGACAUGAUAAAUUAACCCCUUAUGGACCUUCAAAAAAACAACUUGCAUUUAAAGACCUUUUUUUAUCAUAAUGUAAUAUACCAAUCAUUUCAGGUAACUGGUUUGUACACAGCUACAAAUGCUAAAUGCUGCGAUAGGAAUAUAGGGACCACGUUUUGAUGAUGGAAUUAACUAACAUUGGGCUUAAAGGGGUUAAGUAUAACACAAAAAAUGCACAUAUUUAAAAGAGAAAACAAAACACAUCCUGUUCUGUUUUUUUCCCCAUCCUGUUAGUGACUGACCACAUUUCUUUUGUGUCAUUCAGUGACUACUGUUUCACUAAAGAGUCAUGUGAAAAUACUUGUUAAAAGGGACACUCCUAACACUAUAACCACUAAAGUGUACUGUUGUGGUUAUGGUGCCAGGAAUGCCCUGGUGCUCCCUUCCCUACCCCCCUCCACCCGUCCAUGUAAGUAGUAAAAUCAUUUUUGAAUGGUUUGAUUUCUUUUCUGGAAUCCACAGGAAAAAAAUUACAGUGGUUAUGAGCUUGGAGUGUUCCUUUAACCCCAUAAGGACCAAACGUCUGGAAUAAAAGGGAAUCGUGACAUGUCACACAUGUCAUGUGUCCUUAAGGGGUUAAACUGUGAUGGAACUUCAAUAUUGUUAAAGGUCCAUUCUGGACAUCAGUAGACCUUGGUUAAAGAGCGUGGAGUGCGCACAGGAACAUUCUGUCAUUGCGGUUGGGGGGUUCUUCUUUGCUGGUACAGGACAUCAAUGUGCCUCAUGCAUGCUGUAGGUGACAUAUAGUGCUAUGCUGUAGGUGGUCAUCAGAUUGUGUGGCAGGCACAUAAAAUCAACUUGUAUUUAUAUGGUACGGCAAAGUGUGAGCCCAUAACAAUUUCUGGACAACAACUUCCUUAAAGCGGCUCCAUCACUUCUCAGUAUUUCAUAAAGAUAUCAUCUUGAUGAAAUGCUGAUCCUGAUUGAGUUGGAGUAUGAUUCAAAGACCCCUGGUAUUGACGGAUCCUCUAGCUCAGCAUGGUGAUGGUAUUGUAAGUGCAAAAUUAAUUAGUUCGGCCAAUAGAUAAUGCUCUGCUUGAAUAGUAUAGCGUGCAUAUGUGCAAACUGCCAUCUUCCCUACUUCUUACAGACGCUGAAAACUGAUAUGAUAAAAGAGAUGGCUUGUGGAAAGGAAACCUACAGUGCCUUAGACCUGGUCAGAACUGGAACAUUGCGCAGAAUAUCUUGUGGCAUGAGCUUUGUGUGGUAAGAUGGCUUCAUUUAUCAUGUGAUCUUAGCAGCCAAUAGCAAUAAUAAUAAUAAUAAAAUGAAUCAGACUAAGCAAAAGGCGCGCAAGUAUAGACAUAUUAUCAACAUUUGGUGGAUAUCCCUUAGCCGUCAAUAAUCUUCUUUCCCUUCAAUCAUCUAUUUUUUGGCACCACAUUCAGAAUCAAAACAAACAUGCUUGGCCUUAUGCAUUUCAUUUGGUUUUGGAUUCGGCUACAUUUUGGCUCGAAGUUUGGGAAUUCGACUGAUCAGCUAAUCAGCCUAAAGUCGGCCAAAUUGCAGUUUGUAGUGAAACAAAUUACAAAGUCUACCUGUGAGGGACCCUAGUCAUCAGCCUUGGCUGCUCAGUAGUGGCUAACACUGGUACUACAGGUGUCUGUAAACUACUUGUUCUGUGAUUGGAAAUUUAGUUAAGAUAGAUUUGUAGUGCCAAGAUUUUGUUAAUCAAUGAAACGUGUACAUUUCAUUAUCAUGAUGAGCUGUUGAUCGGUAUGGUUCCAAUAAUUAGAACUUGUUUUGUAUAGUUAUUGAUUAAUAAUUACCUGAUACACAUUUUUGUCCAUACAGUAAUUAUGUUGACACACAUUUGUCAUGAAACUUGCAUACUACAGGUGCAGACAGCAAUACAAAAUACAUUGUUGAGCGCUUUGCGAUUUUCAUAUAUAACCCAUAUAAUAACACAAUUUGUUUUAAUGUGUUAUACUUCAGUAUGUUGAACAGAUUUCACUAUAUUUACUUAAUUCGUUUUUUUGAGACAGAGACACCUCUUCUGAUCUUCACACUCAUUGUCUCUGCUUGAUUUAUUAACCCAGGUUCUCCACCAGUUUUGCUUAUUAUGGACUAGCUAUGGAUCUUCAGAAAUUUGGAGUCAGCAUCUAUCUCAUCCAGGUUAUUUUCGGGGUUGUUGACAUACCUGCUAAACUAGUUUCCACCACAAGCAUGAUCUACAUUGGACGGAGGGUCACCCAGUGCAUUUCACUCUUUCUUGGUGGACUGGCUGUUUUGGCAAACAUCUUUGUACCAGCUGGUGAGAACAACUGCAAUGUCGACAGAAUAAGAGAAGAAGUAACAAAUACCAAGAAUGCUACGUUCCCUGUUGCAAAUGCUCCUUUAUUAGGGACACAUUUAUUAACUAUUAGUCUAACGUAUCAUACACCAGCCCAUAUGCCAAUAACAGUCCAUUAAUGGAGCAAUAGUGGUCAAAGGGGAUUCAGUUGCCUUUUGCUGUUUACCGUGAAGUAAGCUUAUUGUGAAAAUCUAAAUAAAGAGUAAAGACCUUAGCAAAUGUUCUCAGAUGCAGCCAUACCAGCAGCUGGUAAAUAUAUGUUAUAUGAAAAACCAACAAAAUGCUAUAUCCAAGGCUCAAUAUGUUCACUUGCCACCAGCCAUUGCAAGUUAAAACCUAGCCCUGGUGAGUAGACAUUUACCUCUGCUGAGUGUGCCAUGUACCCUCUAAGCUUGCAGUAACUAAUAACUUUGACGACAUGGCUAAAAGCACAGGACUUGAACUUUUAAGCCAUAUUUUUUAUUUUGUAUACUUCACAUAGAGUCGGUAUCCUUGUAUCUAUGGCUGGUGGAUAUUGUAAAUGAAGUCUUUCUCUGUACGUUCGCUUAGAUGGGUUUCUAGAGUGAGGCCUAAGUGUAUUUAUUGCUAGGAGGGGUCAGAGAUGGGGCGGGGUUGAUGUAAAGCAAACAUUUGUUAUACAAUUGAAAAUUGUGCCAACCAAAAUCUAUCGGACAAAAUUGUAAUAAAUAUUUGUAAAUGAAAUAUCGGUGCAUUAUAUCCACAGAAAAUAUUUAAAAAUGCACGCACACAAUAUUACACUGGCAAGCUACAGUUAUAAAUGGCAUCAUUGUUAUAGUUAAAAAAAUAUGGUAACAAAGGUAGAUUUAAUUAGCUGGUGUAAAUGGCAGACUUUAUGGGACAAACUCACAAUCUAUAUUUUUGUGUAUUUUAGAUCUUCCGAUCCUGAGGACCAGCCUGGCAGUGUUUGGUAAAGGGUGUUUUGCUUCAGCAUUUAGUUGUGCUUUUCUCUACACCACGGAGUUGUACCCUACUGUUAUAAGGUGAGUGGUUCAGGAUCGAUGUGUUGUGCGUCAUGGUUGGGUAAACGUGCUGUAAAACACAUUUGUUAUUAUUUAUGAACAAACACAAUAUUUCAAUUACUGCCCAGUGUCUCUUGGGCAUAAACAGAAUUUCCCGUAGAGCAUCGCCAGAACGCUUACAGUGUCACUUCCUUCUGAUGUCACAGGUUCCGUGAAUUAACCUGAUCAGGAAGGAAAAUGGCUUCCUGCGCAUAAACAUUCUCUUAAUGAUGUAAAUUUAUCCCAAUGAUAUAAAUACAUUUAUAAGGGACUGCACUGUUACUUUAAAGAAAGUUUGUUAAUAUUAUAGGGACACUCCAAGAACCGCACCCACUACAGCUUGUUAUAGUGGGUGUGGUGCCAGUAGACUAAAGCUGAAGUCCUUUGGGAUUUUGUCAAACUAUUUUCCUUUAACCAGUAUCAAUAAAUACAUUGGACCCAGAACACGAUGAUGGUUUUAUUAGGAAAGUCCAUGCAAUGUUUUGGCUCAAAAUGGAGCCUUUCUCAAGAGCCCAGUUAGAGACGAAAUGUUGCAUAAACCAUCCUAAUAAAUCUGCCUGAAACAUCUGCAUGUUCCCAAUCCAAUGUCUUUAUUAAAAAGACCUAAGUUUUUAUAUAGCAAAGACUACGGAAAUCUGCUCCCUGGCCCCACUAGGCAAAACAUUCAUGCCAGUAAAAGGGCUUUAUUCAGCCGGUGAAAUCACAGCCCGUAUUGUACUGGAUUUCUAUGGUUUCCCGUGGAACACUCUGUAUAAAGCCUUGACCAAUCAGAGUUGCUGAAAAGUUAUGCCAACUAGUGAAUAGCACAGUAAAUUUGGUGCAAAACUAUUGAAACAGAAAAUAAAAGUGUGUUUGUGGUCUGAAAAGUUUCUAUAUAUUAAAACAAAUAUGUGUUUGUGGACUUUACAGGUUCCAGAUUAUUAUUUCUUUUAUUUUAUGCUAAUAGAAACAGUCAGACUCUUUUGAAUCAAGCCAUGUUUGUUUUUUUCUUAAACGGUAUCUGUCAUGGCUGUUGAGAAAACACAUGACCAGUUCUAGGAAAUGGUACAGAGACUGUCAUCGAGGUAUGUAUGUCACACCCUACAAAGAAAGUGCUAAGAGUCACAAAUCCAUAGAUCACUCUUUAUUGUGCUCCAUUAAUAUAUGUGUACAUAUGUUAUUAUUAUUAUUGCCAUUUAUAUAGCGCCAACAGAUUCCGCAGCGCUUUACAAUAUUAUGAGGGGGGUGGGAUUUAACUAUACAUAGGACAAUUAAGGAUAAAUACUUAAUAUAAUAUGAGGAUAUUAUUUAAUACAUAAAAUAUACCGUCACUAACUAAGAUGUGUAAAUAACAGCGCUGUUGCGAUUUACAUUUUUAAUUUAAAGAUCUGUGAUAUUCACAUCUCAGAUCGCAGGCUGGCAUUGAGUAUGACAUUAGAACACUAUAAUUUAAUGUCGUCCAGACCCCAGUAUGAAUCCCUUUUAAAUUUUACUUACAUAUCAAUGUCACAACAAGGGAAAACUGCACACAGCAUUGCUUUCUGUUUUUGCACUAAAAUAGUUAAUUAGACCUGUAUAGUUAGCCUAGUGAGACUUUACACCGGUAAAAGAGCAUUUUUUUCAGCCAGUAAAACGUGACUCAAUUUAGUGACUAGCUAAUGACCUUGUAGUUUAUUUUGUUUUGGUUUUUCGAAAUACUCGCCAUCCGGUCAAAUCUCUUCCUAAUAGGCAAUGUGAAGUCGUGCCAGUCAGUGAAUAGCAUUUUUGGUGUAAGUUUAUUGAGACAUCAGUUUAUUCAGCGUCGAGUUCUAGUGGAUCAAACCAUAUAAAUAUUUCAAAAACUGAUAACUCCCUUUAGCAGCACAAAUAUAUUUUUGGCCACAAUGGGGAGCUGCUGUGGUAUCUAGUAGCUUUAUAAAGUUUUAAUGAAACUAUUGUAUAUCUUUGUAUAGAUGUUUAGUUAACAGUGUUUUCAUAAACCAUUGGUGGUAAAUAGAGUGAGCGUUUUUGAGGUAGUCCCCCCUAUCUUAAAAAUAAAGAUAAAAAAAUUACUUUGAUUCUGUCGCUGAGUCUAAGUUCUCCCUGCAACCAGAUCUUCCUCAUCUGACAUCAUUGAGAGGAUGAAGUUGUGUUUUUUUUUCAAACGUUUUAUGUGGAUGUAAAUUAAAAAUUAUAUCUCACUUGUGAUCAAUGCAUUAAUUGGUGAUUUUAAGUAACAUGGUAAAAGGUAAAAACUUACUUUUUUGUUUGUGUACGCUGUCCCCUAAUUGGUACAAUGCAUUAAUUCUAUCAUAAAAUUAGGUGUGUACUGCUAAUACGCUGUUUGCAGCAAGUGUAAUAUAUGGCUUAUGUACCAUGCAAAUGCAGAAAAGUCCCACAAUUCUCUUUGCACAGCCAAUGACAGCUUGUGUGGGUGCUAUGGUUCAUGGGAAAACUUGGCAUCUCCAGGAGAUAGUGACAAUGAUCACCCAUAAGAGUGACAGAGGACAAUAAGUUUAACCCCUUAAAGUCACAUGACAUGUGUGAUAUGUCAUGAUUCCCUUUUAUUCCAGAAGUUUGGUCCUUAAGGGGUUAAUGCUCCCUCCACUGCAAGUAGAUGCUUCAAUUCAAAAGUGUUUAGUAAAGAGAAAUGGUCCACAAAGGUGCCACUUUAUCUUUAAUGCUGUUAUUUCUAAUGAGCAAGUAUACUGAAGAUCACACAUUUAAUCUCAGAUAUGGCAUCAUACUUUUUUUUUUUAAAGAUCAUUGCUCUUUAUUCCAUUUGUGGUUAAAAUGUUUAGGUAAUAAGAGAGGGCCAAAAAGAAACAUGUUCAGUGAACGAUGAUCACAUUUUUUUUUCCAGACGUUAAAACACUUUUCCCUGGGGCUUCAAGCUGAUAAAUCUAUUCCACCCAAUAGAAAAUAUUGUCUUUACUUUUUAAUAAGCUAACAAGCAUAAGGAAACCAAGAACUCACGCACCAUUUAUACAUGUCCACUAAUAAUAGCCCCGAGUGCCUAAUAGGAUGUCAGUUAUUACAAUAAAUAGACAAAAUACAUACAAUCAAUAGAGGACUGACAACAUUUGGCCCAGGGGCAACUAAAAACAAGCAGCCCAAGCAGGCAAAACUUGUCACAUCAUGCUCCAUAUUCUUUCUUAUUUUUUUAUUAAAUGUUUUAUACCGAUAAUGCAACAAGUGGAUUACAAUAUUAAUAAAAGAAUAUAGUUACUUAAUCUGUUAAAAAGAUUACUCACUGACGUAAGAAUUUAAAAGUAAUUUCAAAUUUAAAGUGACACUAUAGUCACCAAAACAACUUUAGCUUAAUGAAGCAGUUUUGGUGUAUAUAACAUGCCCCUGCAGCCUCACUGCUCAAUUCUCUGUCAUUUAGGAGUUAAAUCACUUUGUUUACGAACCCUAGUCACACCUCCCUGCAUGUGAUUUGCACAGCCUCUCUAAACACUUCCUGUAAAGAGUCAUCUAAAGUUUAUCCUUUCUUAAUGGGCAAAGAGUUUAAUGGAUUGAUAUCAAACUACCGACAGAGAAUGCUGGUGUAAAGUGAUAGGUUAGUGCGAGAAUAGGAAAUUUAAAAAAAAAAAAAGCUACUUCAAACAUGCAGUCAGGGAAAUGAAGACUGAAUAACCUAUUCAUAAAAAGUCACAAAUAUCAGCAUCCCCCAUUUGAUCAUUCACUAUAUACAAUCCAUAUGAGUCCAUAGGUUAUAGGGUCUAUAAACCAAACGUUCACUGUGCAGAAAGGGGGAAAAACCAUGUACAUGAUGCUACCACCAAGUUGACCAAAAUAAAAUUCCGGGGUACUUUCUUUGGGAGAAUACUUGGUGCUGUUUUUUAGUUUCAAAAAGGCUUUAUUCAAACAUAAGCAUUUCAGGGUAUGCCCUGAUCACUGUACACCAGCAUGUAUCUAUAGAUUGAACAAGUAGACAAGAUAUAACGGACUCGCAGGUCCCAACGUGAAGUGUGCGAACAUCACUCAGACAAUGUUACAUAUUAUAUCUGUAUGGUAUUUGGUCGCAUUUAACACAUUAGUAUAUACAUAUGGGUGAUCGGAUUGCGGCUUGAGUAGAGGGAUAUUCGUAAGUUUGUGCCUUGUGUCUGCUUUUUGUGUUCCUCUAAUAUUUCCUUAUCACCCUUGAGCCUCUUUCUCUUUGGGGUGGCAAGGUCUAUUGGUCCGUCGUUAUAGGUCAGAUGUCGUUCAGGAGUAUGCGUUAUUCGUGUUGUGUAAUCGCAUGAUGAAGGUGUUUCCAUUUUGAUAUGUAAGUGUGAGUGAGUGACACAAUUGUGGGCAAUCUUGGAUUAAGGAGGGCUACGUUUAUCAUGCAAUUCAUAAUGAAACCAUUGUUGGAAAGUUUUAGAAAGAAAAUGAGUGAUAAUUGAGUAAGAAGUAAGAGAAAGAGAGAGGGGGGGAUGAGGAGGAGGGAGCUGGGUGGAGGGUGGAUGGGCGGGGGGGGGUAUGAAGAAUAGGGUGGUCCCGUCACCCGUGUCCACGGCGUAGUAUGUAUCGAACCAGACGUCAGUCCCCAUCUGUGGGGGGUCAUGGGGCUCCCUGGGGCUGCGAACGGCUAUUCCUUUCUGUGUUUCGGUCCGCUAUGUAGAGUAGCCACGGGCGCCACCUCUCCACGUUUGUCCUCUAGUCCUCUAAGUGUAGCCUGUAUUGAUUCCGCUCUAUAGAUUUCUUCCACCCGCUCCAUCCAUUGUCUUAUCGUCGGGAUAUUCGUUUGUUUCCAGUACAGUGGAAUCAGUGCCUUGGCCGCGUUAAUUAGGUGUCUACGAAUGUUUUUCCUAUAUGUGCCUAUGGGAUCUGGUGUGGAGUGUAGGAGGACUGCCUCUGCGUUGAGGUUUCCUUCCGUCCCUGUGAUUUCCCCUAUUUUCUGUAGGACUUCGUCCCAGUAUAGCUUAAUGAGCGAGCAUUACCACCAUAUGUGUAGUGGCGAACCACGUUCAUCCCCGCAUCUCCAGCAUGUGUCAGGUACAUUUGGGAAGAUCCUGUGUAGACUGUCGGGCAUCCUAUACCAGAAUGAAAGAAGUUUAUAGUUGGUUUCUUGAUAUUGGGAGCUCGAUGAGCAUUUAUGGUGUAAUAUGAGGAUCUUAUCCCAUUGGGACGUGGUGAAUUAUGUAUUUAGCAUGCGUUCCCAACGUCUGCGGAAUUGGUCGUUGUUAGUGAGGUGCCCCAAGAGCAUGUGUUGGUAUAAUAGGGAUAUCGCCUUACCUAGGGUAGUCUUGUGAUCGCAGAGCGUUUCGAACCAUGUCAGGUCCCUGUGUAACUUUUCCUUGUCUGGGAGUGUCCGGUAGUAUCCGGUAGCACCUUUCAUUACAAUCCUUACCCCAUUCUAAUAUUUCCCCAUUAGCCCAGUCAAUAUGAGGGUUAUGCUUGCUAAGCCAUGGGAAUCCUAAUAUAAUAGGACAAGAAGGAGAUGCAAUCACCUGAAAUGUAAUCUCUUCCUUAGUAUGUUCUGAGUUGUACAUAGCGGAAGGUUUGUAGGCUAGUGGGUUGGUUGCCUUCCAUUAGGAGUUUAUCCUUUCUUAAUUGCAAGUUCUGUUUAAUUUAGAUUUUCUUAUACCGUGCUAUGUUAAUAGCUUGAUAGGCCCUACAAGAGCCUCUUGUAUGUGUUUAAAGUUCAAUUUACAGAGCAAUUGAUAAAAUAGUUUAAGGUAAAUUACAUCUGAUUGAAAGUGAAACCAUAUUUUUUGCAGGCUGUGUCAAUCAUAGCCAGGGGUGGUGUAGCAAGGGCUGCAUAAACAGAAACAAAGUGAUUUAACUCCUAGAUGGCAGUGAAUUGAGCAGUAAAACCUGAGAGGCAUGAUCUAUACACUAAAACUGCUUAAUUAAGCUGAAGUUGUUUAGGUGACUAUAGUGUUCCUUUAAGAUCAAAAUUGCGAAACUGGGAAAAUCCUCAAUGCCAAAAGGUAGAUCCCCAGACGUUGUAGAACUUAAACUCCCAUGAUGCUUUGCAUGCCUUUAGAAUAACAAAGCUGUAGUUUUAAACAUCUGGGGUUCUACCUUUUGGGCACCCCUGCUCUUUGCUAUGCUUUCAGGUUGGCUAAUCUGGCCUUAAAUUUGAAAUUCACUUUGAAUUCUAACUUUAUUGAGUAACCCUGAUUUUAUUGUUCUCUGAGGAAGCCUCUAAUAAAUAUUAUUUAUGGUCCAAUUCCUGUCUAUGGAUAUGCUGAUGCUCCUGGUCCUGUAUUGAAAGAUGUCCUUAGGCUAGUAGUCAGCAUUUGGUGGUCAGAAGUAAUGGGGAUGUUCACAUUCAGUGUGUUGUACUGUGCCAGUAAUAGUGAUCCAGUGCAUAAAAGGAAACAAAAACAGGAGAUAGUGCUCUCUGUAAUGCUAAUAUGACAAAAGAAGGUAUGCUCACAAAGAAAGAGCAAAUUAGGUAAUGCUAAAUCCUUAAUAGCUAAGGUGGUAUGUUUCCCACCAAGGAAUAUGAGGUACAGGGUCCUCUAGAUAAAAAGUGCUGCUUCCUUGAAUUCCUCUUGUUAUCCUAGUGACCUGGAGGGCAAAUGCCCCCCUUGCCAACAUUUCCCUGCAUAUUUUUAACGAAUAACAGUUAGAUGUUAUUAUGUUAAAGUUAUGCCAUUAAGGAGACAUGUAAACACUAAACACCAAAUUGCAGUUUUUAGUAGACAUCUUCAUUGCAAAAGACAUGCAAAACAGGCAAGCUAUGACUAUAACUGAAUUUCUCGUUACAAUUCAGCACUUUUAGCCUAAAUCUUGUAAUUCAAUUGAAAAUGAACACGUGGAUUCCUAAUGCUAUAGUUUUAAUCUACCCAAUUCCCUGGCGACCCCCCCCAAUUCCAUGGCAACUUUGAAAGGUGAGAUUUACAUACCUUCAGCCCUCGCCGCACUGGUCUCUGUCCUGCAGCUCCACCUUCUUGGUUGAAAUCAUCAAGAUUAAUGAUUUCAGCCAAUCCAAUGUUUCCCCAUAGGGAAGUGGUCUGGGUUCUUUUAGUUGGUCUUUAAAAAUAAAUUUAUUUAUUUUUAACAUUAGUGUUUCAUUUUUUCAUUUAGAUGAAGAGCCCAUUGCUAUACUUACAUAGUAAUCUAGAUUGAAAAAAUAUUCAUGUCCAUUGAGUUUAACAUUUAAAAUCAUUUUAUCCUGUUGAUCCAAAAGAAGGCCAAAAAUUCAAUUUGAAGUAAUGGUCAACUAUGCCACAAAAAGAAACAUAGAAACAUUAUUAUUAUAUUUAUAUAGCGCCAACAAAUUCCGUAGCACUUUACAGUGGGUGGACUAACACACAUCUAAUUGUAACCAGACAGGUUUGACGCACAGGAACAGAGGAGUUGAGGGCCCUGUUCAAUGAGCUUACAUGCUAGAGGGAGUGGGGUAAAGUGACACAAAAAGGUAACGAUAGCAAUAGGGAAGUAGAUUGGUAGAAUAGUAUUCACUGAAGAUUUAGUGUGUGAUUUUUUGUUUUUUUUAAAUGACAAUCAAUUGGGAGCCAUUAACAGUUUAAUUAUUAUUAUUAUUAUUAUUAUUAUUAUUAUUAUUAUUAUUAUCAUCAUUUAUAUAGCGCCAACAGAUUCCGUAGCGCUUUACAAUAUUAUGAGAGGGGGGAUGUAACAAUAAAUAGGACAAUUACAAGAGAACUUACAGGAACAAUAGGUUGAAGAGGACCCUGCUCAAAUGAGCUUACAGACUAUAGGAGGUGGGGUAUUUGAAACAUUAGGACAAGAAGUAUCAAGUAGGAGUGAAGCAGAGCUGGAGGAGAGAGCAAAGCACUGUCCCAUAGGAGAGAGCAGGAGACAGGGAUGUAAGGUAGAGAUUACUCCGGGAGGCCAUAAGCUUUCCUGAAGAGAUGGGUUUUAAGGCCCUUUUUAAAUAAUUGAAGACUAGGGGAGAGUCUGAUGGCAGUAGGCAAGCUAUUCCAUAGGAGAGGAGCCACCCGCGAGAGGUCCUGCAAGUGCGAGUUGGCCGUACGGGUGCGAGCAGCGGUCAGGAGGUGGUCACGGGCAGAGCGGAGGGUACGAGGAGGGGCAUAUCUAUGGAUUAGUGAAGAGAUAUAAGUGGGGCUGGAAUUGUUCAGUGCUUUAAAUGUGUGGGUUAGCACUUUGAAUUGACUCCUAUAGCAUACAGGGAGCCAAUGUAAGGACUGGCAGAGGGGUGAGGUGUGAGAGGACCGGCUAGAGAGGAAGAUCAGUCUAGCUGCAGCAUUCAUGACAGACUGUAGCGGGGCAAUACGGCUUUUGGGGAGACCAAUCAGGAGAGGGUUACAGUAAUCCAUGCGGGAAAUUACUAGAGCAUGGACAAGCUCCUUGGUAGCAUCUUGCGUAAGAAAGGGGCGAAUGCGGGCUAUGUUUUUGAGUUGGAACCUACAGGACUUGGCAACAAACUGGAUGUGAGGCUCAAAGGUGAGACCAGAGUCAAGUAUGACACCAAGACAGCGCGCUUGCAGGGAUGGACUUAUGUGGAUAUCACUGAGUUGAAGGGAGAGCGAGAGAGGAGGAUCAGUAUUAGGAGGAGGAAAGACAAGGAGUUCAGUUUUAGAGAGGUUAAGUUUCAGAAAGCGUGAGGACAUCCAGUCAGAGAUGGAAGAAAGGCAAGCAGUGACACGUUGCAGGACGGCAGGGGAGAGGUCCGGGGAGGAGAGGUAUAUCUGAGUGUCAUCAGCAUACAGGUGGUAGUGGAAUCCAAAAGAGGCAAUAAGUUUACCUAGAGAGGCAGUAUAAAGAGAAAAUAGGAGGGGACCAAGGACAGACCCUUGGGGAACUCCAACCGAGACAGGACGAGGGGAGGAGGUAUCCUUGGAAAAGGAGACACUGAAUGAGCGUUGGGAGAGAUAGGAGGAAAACCAAGAGAGGACAGAGUCACAGAGACCGAGCGAUUUAAGAGUUUGAAGGAGGAGAGCAUGAUCAACGGUGUCAAAGGCAGCAGAGAGGUCAAGGAGAAUUAAUAUGGAAUAGUGACCUUUGGAUUUAGCGGAGAUUAGGUCAUUAGUCACUUUGAUAAGAGCAGUCUCAGUAGAGUGGAGAGGGCGGAAGCCAGACUGAAGAGGGUCAAGGAGAGAGUUGGAAUUUAGGAAGCGAGACACACGGGUAAAGACAAGUCUUUCCAAAAGCUUUGAUGAGAAAGGGAGCAGGGAUAUGGGACGAUAGUUAGAAGGGGAGGAUGGGUCAAGAGAUGUUUUUUUCAGGAUAGGUAUUACAGUGGCAUGUUUAAGGUCAGCAGGAACAGUGCCAGAAGAGACAGAGCAGUUAAAGAUGUGUGUUAGGGUAGGCACAAGACAAGGGGAGAGAGAUCUGAUGAGGUGAGAUGGGACAGGAUCGAGCGGGCAAGUGGUGGGGCGAGAGGAACGGAGAAGCGCAGCCACCUCUUGUUCAGUAGCCAGGUAGAAAGUCUGGAGGGUAGGGAAAGCAAGAUUUACAUGCGGUUGAGAAAGAGAACGGCAAGGAGGGGAGAAUUGUUUCCUUAGCUGUUCAAUCUUGUCGGUAAAGUAGCAUGCAAAGCUAUCAGCUGUAAGGUUAGUUUGGGGGGUGACCACAGCAGGGCGGAGAAGGGAAUUAAAGGUGUCAAAGAGACGUCUGGGAUUGCGGGAGCAUGAACUAAUGAGAGAGGAAAAGUAUGAUUGAUACGCUUUUGUGAAAAAGUGAGUUUUUAAUGAUUUUUUGAAGGAGUGGAGACUGGGUGAGCGUCUAACAGAAAAAGGAAGGGAGUUCCACAGGAACGGUGCAGCUCUAGAGAAUGUGACGGCAGAUAAGAAUCUAGUGGCUGUACGUGUGAGGGCAGGGAAUGAAAGGGAGGGAGAGAAAAAGUCACCUAGCGACCGCCUCUAGUGGCUGUCUGGUAGACAGCCUCUAGAGGUGGCGGUAAUCCUCAAUGGUAAUUAUUGCAGUUUAUCAAAAAUUAUCAAUGAGCUGAAGUGGUCUGGAUUCCUAGAGUGUCCCUUUAACUGAAUUUCUUGCCUUUAUUCAUAAAUACUCAUAGAAACACAUAGAAACAUAGAAUGUGACAGCAGAUAAGAACCAUUCGGCCCAUCUAGUCUGCCCAAUUUUCAAAAUACUUUCAUUAGUCCCUGGCCUCAUCUUAUAGCUAGGAUAGCUCUGUGCCUAUCCCACGCAUGCUUAAACUCCUUCACUGUGUUAACCUAUACCACUUCAGCUGGAAGGCUAUUCCAUGCAUCCACUACCUUCUCAGUAAAGUAAUAUUUCCUGAUAUUAUUUUUAAACCUUUGCCCCUCCAAUUUAAUACUAUGUCCUCUUGUUGUGGUAGUUUUUCUUUUUUUAACUAUAGUCUCCUCCUUUACUGUGUUGAUUCCCUUUAUGUUUUUAUCAUAUCCGCCCGUCUCGUCUUUCCUCCAAGCUAUACAUGUCAAGAUCCUUUAAACUUUCCUGUUAAAUUAUAUCCUGCAAUCCAUGAACCAGUUUAGUGACCUUUCUUUGAACUCUCUCUAAAGUAUCAAUAUCCUUCUGGAGAUACGGUCCCCAAUACUGCCUACAAUACUCCAAGUGAGGUCUCACCAAUGUUCUGUACAAUGGCAUGACAUGUGUAUUGUCGCCUCUGCGGCAUAUGCUUAACAUCAACCAAUCCCCAUAAAAACCCUGACACCAUAUUGAUGGUAAAAAAUGAUCACAGAUUUUAUUGAUAAUACGAUUUAACAAGUAAAAAUUAAGGUCAUUGUCAACACAAUGCCAACAUUGACAUGUAAAUCCAUCAUCCUGCCUUUAUACAAUUAAAACCCCCUGACAAUGACCCAAUCUUACAUAAACAAUGAAUCCCAACAACAUUAUAACACCAUAUAAUAAAUGUUGAAUACUUAACCAUUGCCACCAGUUCACAGUUCUACAAUUGUAGGGGUGUACAGAGAUACCCCUACACACCCAGAUUCUGAGCUACCAACAAGCCUGAACCUACCAAACCAGUCCAAAGGCCUACCUAUUCUCCCUGAAUAGAACAUUUUACUCCAUAUCAAUCAGACCUACCCCCCAACUUUUCUUUCCAUCCGCUGUGACCAAAACAGGAGAAAAUAAAGGGAUGGAGAGUGUGACAAUAACAGGUAGGUGCAGAUUAAUUAAAAUGUCCUUUUAAUCUAAAAUAGGCCCUUUAUAUAUGGCCUGUAAACUCCACCCACAAUGCUAUUUUGAACUAAUCCCACACACCAACUUCACUAUAUGUCUGUCUCCUAGCAAUGUCAAGGCCUACUUCCCUUAGCUACGCUGGUACAUGGGCUACAUGAGCACUUCCCUCUUUCUACUGCUAAUACCUCUCCCUAUACAACCAAGCAUUCUGCUAGCAUUUCCUGCUGCUCUAUUACAUUGGCUGCCUACUUUGAAGUAUUCUGAAAUAAUUACCCCUAAAUCCCUUUCCUCAGAUGUUGAGGUUAGGACUCUAACAAAUUCUGCUUGACUCCAUAACUGCAAUCAGAUUUCUCCUUGGAUCAAUAACAUGUUUACGUGCAAAUCAAUUAUAUCCUUAUAUAUUCUGCUUUUUAAUAAACCUACGCUUAAAAAAAAAAAAAAAAAAAAACAGAUACAGAAUCUGAUCGGAAAACUCUUUGGGCAGAGAAUUCCACAUCUUUAAUAUUCUUACUGUAAAAACCCUUUCCUCUGCUAAAGGUGAAAGCACCAUUCUUCCAGUCUCCAUGGAAUGGAAUAAAUUAGUUUUUCGCUUACUAUGUAAUUAUCAGGGUUAUUUACUAAAGUGAGGAUUCAAAGUGAAUUUCAAACUUUCAAAGUCCAAAGUAGUUGAACUGGAAAAAGUCAGUUAUUUGAAAUUCACAUUGAAUUCUCACUUCAGUGAAUAACCCUGUAUGUAACUAUGUGUUACAAUUUAUUUAUUUUUUAAAGUUGAAAUCGCCAUAAUACUCACCUUUAUUCAUAUAUAGAGCUGAGUGUUCACAGCUGUUGCUCAGACUUCAAUGAAGUCAUAAGGUCUGAUCACUUCUUUCCAAUUCAAUGCUUCUCAUAGAGAAUUAUAACUGUUGAAAAUCACCAUCUUAAAGAGUAAAAAUGUCUACUGACUGUCAGUCUGACAACCACCAGAGAUGCAUUAUUGGUCUAAUGUAAACAUUGCUUUUUAUCAGAAAUGUUAAUGUUUUACACUGUGAGUAAAGUGACAGUGUCUAUGCACCAAAACCACUGCAUUCAGACAUGGUGAUUUUGGUGCUUAGAGUAUCUCUUUAACUAUACUCAAUAUUGUGUUUAGCAAAUAACCCCUAUUUUAAUAAACCACAAGAAGGAAGUCAAGUGGUUUCUGUUUUUCUCCAGAACCACAAGACGGCGUUAUUAAUCCUUGAAGGACUGCACACAUAUCCCAUUAAGGACCACAAUCUGAUCAAUAAAGACAUUGUGCUAGGAUGGUAUAACCUGCUUAUUUUCUAUUUGCGACUCCUUACAGCACUGCAAUUGUUAAAUAAGUGGCACAUGGCAUUGGGAUAUAAGAUCUUUACAGGCCAGACUGUUAUUGGCCCCUAAAGGGACAUUCCAGACCCCCUAACACACUUCAGCUUGCAUGUGUGAAUAGUGUGUCAUCUUUAUAAUUUUACAGUAAGUGAAGAUUUUAGUAGAUGUGUAUAUGUGUUCUUCAGUAGGCCAGGACAUGCAUGUUGCUCCAAGAUUAGGGAUUCUUGCAUUGGGCAAUGUGAGUGACAUAACUAUAUAAUGCAUUGUGAUGUCCAUAUGUCCAUGUUCAUGUCGAUUCAUAUAUAUAAUUUUUUUUGGGGUGUUUACUGGUUCACAAUCUACAAUAAUGUUGGCUUUAUCAAGAUCAAUAUGUUCUGCCAUGUUUUGCCUUCCAUCUUAACUAUCACAUAAAUAUUCCCCUAAUUGUAUGUGCCAUCCCAUACAUAAAUUGAUCUUAUCAGUUCCAAAAGUUCCUUUUCAUUUACAUCCAAGACAUGUCUCUCUCCACCUUCCCAUUUUGUGCGUUUCUCUCUGUACCCCAUUCUGUAUUUCUACACAUAUCAUUCAUAUCUCCCCCAACUUCCCCCUUUGUGUAUCUGCCCAUCCCCCUUUUAUAACUUUGUCAAUUUCCAUCUUACACCAAUUACUUUUUCCAUCUACCUCCACUACUAUAUCAUCCUCAAUCCAUAUCCUACUCAUAUAUCUCCUUCUAUCUCCCUCUGGUGUUUUUCCUCUUUCUUUCUCUUCUGUCCUUUCCACGUUCUUCCCACUUCAAUGUUCUUCUUUCAUUUCUCUGCUGUGUGUUUUUCUUAUGUUCUUCUCAGAUUCUCUACACUCAUAUCUUUCUCUAUCUCUUUCUCCCACUGCUGUGUCUAGUUCGAUCCAUAGAUAUUUAACACAAGACAUAUGCAAAAAUUAGUUUGAGAAAAAUUAACUUAGAUCGGUUCACCCAAAUCAAAUUUCUUAUAAUCCACACCGGAAUUACCUGAUCAAUCUGAGAUUUAGCUGUGUAGUUUUAUUCAAUGAAUAAGAUUCUACAGGUAAAUCUUGGAUGGAUUGAUUCAUUCCAUCUGGAUUUUAGGGUGUCCCACAACAAUCACCGGUGGUGGCUGCUCAUUUGUCAUAAUUUAUUAUAAAAAAUUAAAAAGAGGCCCUGUUCCAAGUGUCCCUCUUCAGGGUAGUCCCGUAAGUAAUGGCAGCGCUGUAAAAACAUAAAACUAUGCUGAAUUUGGUGAUGUAUUUUACUGAUCUCAAUCUUCCAUAAAACCAAGCCCUUGAUCUGAAACUCAAAUACUCAAACACGUCAGUCAAGCCCUGAAUAAUAUUGAGCACCCUCCUUUGCCACAGCGGGACGAAUCCUGAGGAGACCUUAGGCUGCUUCCUAUGGCCCAGAGUUAGACAGGAAUUUGCUUGGCCCCAUUCACCAUCACAAUGUGAAGAAUAAGGGGGGUGGAGGGGAAACCAGUGCCUUGUCUGCCCUUUGCUAUUGCUCUCUUCUAUAGAAUUUCCACAAGAUCUUCAAUUUUGUCUAUAUUCAGCCAUUAGAUACAAUAGCCAUUUAUUGAACCAUUCGCAUUAGAGUAGUCGGGCAUUGAUGUUGGACAACUGGGCAUGGAUAACAGUCUGACUUCCAGCUCAUUCUACUGUGAUACAUUUGAGGCUAUUUCUGUAUUUAUUCAUAUUUGUUUGGUGAACUAUUGUAGUAGCAACAAACCUUUUACAUGCUAGCACAAAACUGUAUCUUUUGAAAUAUUUUUCUAUGUAAUAGUGUUAAGACUGGAAGUUAGAAGUAUAGACAAACCAUACGAACAGUCCUAAAAUAUCAUUCAUCCUCCAUCAAAUUCUACAUGACAGUUAAACCUUUUUGCAUUCAAUAUAUAUUAGUAUCCCCUUAAAUAGAUAAGAACAUUCUUUAGAAAACAUAGUAAAAUUGCAGUAAGUCUGAUUGCAGUAUGAAAUAGCCAUGAGACUCUUAUUGUCAAAGAAGGUGGACCUUAAAAAGAAAGUCUCAUGAAAAGUUGAAGAAAUGCAUGCUUUGCUUUUUAUUGUUAUAAUAUAUGUACUUUAUUUGCUGCCUGAUCUCACCACUAUUUAAUAUGAAAUAUUAGGGUGCCACUUCCUGUUUGCUUUUCUUUAGAACAGAAUUGAAUUAUUCAUUGUUGAGUAUUUUAGAGCUUCCUUAAUAUAAUGGCCCUUCUGGGAUUUUAAGACCCAGCAUUGUAAUGGGUCCCUGAAAUAGUGAGGGUUACACAACCUUAAAGCAAUACUCCAAGCACCAUUGCCAUUACAACCUGCUUUAGUGGUUAUGGUGCCAUAAAUGCAUUGUUGCAGUCACAGUGUAGUUUGUCAAACCAUUUUGCUAUGGUCUGAUAAGUUACCUGGGUCUUGCUGGUUUGCAAACAACUACAUACCCUGCUUUUAGGAUUGUCCUUUAGAUUGGGAUCAAGCCACAGAGCUGAGCAGCCCCAUGUAAGACAGCUCUUAUUGGUUGAGAGCAUCAGAAGAUGCAAUCAGCCAAUGAGAGUGGUCCUGGAUUGGCCAUACUUUAUUCUAUUACAGACAUUCAGUUUCUCCUGCAGAAGACCUAACAGUUCUACAAAUUAUACUGAGAUAGUGCAAGGGCACUGAUUACGGUGCUUGAAGUGUUCCUUCCAAUAAAGUAUGCACAGUAGCGCUAUGAAAUCAGACUUGAAGAGAUACAGAGCCUGCACAAACAGGCUUUGCAUAUUUCUUUUCAAAUCCACUUAAAGUGGCAUUGACCAGCCUGUAACUAUGUACUACUCUUACAAUGCAUAGGUUCCACUGAAAUCAGAAUGAUAACUGUUUCAGUUAUAUGAUAUUCUUAUUGUGCAAUAGAUCAAUAUUAUUCUCUGUUCUCAGACAGAGUGGCCUCGGUCUGGGCAGCACCAUGGCACGUCUGGGUGGCAUUGUGGCACCUCUGGUAAAAAUGCUGGGAGAUUUUUACCCUUUCCUGCCCCUUGUCAUCUACGGAGGAGCCCCCAUCAUAUCAGGACUCAUGGUCUACUUCUUACCAGAGACUGUCAACAAACCACUGCCAGACACUAUAGAGGAAAUAGAGAUGGGGUAAGUGCUUUCAUUCUGCAAGCAAUUAAUCUAAGCACUAUAUUUUACUUGUAGAAUUAUGAAAAAUAAUGGUAUGGUGAUUUAGCAUGAUGGGGAAUUAAUUUCUAAAAGAAGAAAAAGGCUGAUAAUGCAAUUCUCAUUUUUCUCUUUACUAUAGUUAUACAAUUAAUACAGUGUUUUUCUAAAAAUGUGAGGUACAGUGAGGGGAAAAAAGUAUUUGAUCCCCUGCUGAUUUGGAACGUUUGUCCACUGACAAAGAAAUGAUCAGUCUAUAAUAACAACAACAAAAAUCCAGAAAAACACAUGUCAAAAAAAGUUAUAAAUUGAUUUGCAUGUCAAUGAGUGAAGUAAGUAUUUGAUCCACUAUCAAUCAGCAAGAUUUCUGGCUCCCAGGUGUCUUUUAUACAGGCAACGAGCUGAGAUUAGGAGCACUCUCUUAAAGGGAGUGCUCCUAAUCUCAGCUCGUUACCUGUAUAAAAAACACCUGUCUACAGAAGCAAUCAAUUAAUCAGAUUCCAAACUCUCCACCAUGGCCAAGACCAAAUAGCUAUCCAAGGAUGUCAGGGACGAGAUUGUAGACCUACACAAGGCUGGAAGGGACUACAAGACCAUCGCCAAGCAGCUUGGUGAGAAGGUGACAACAGUUGGUGCGAUUAUUCGCAAAUAGAAGAAACACAAAAUAACUGUCAGUCUCCCUUGGUCUAGUGCUCCAUGCAAGAUCUCACCUCGUGGAGUUUUAAUGAUCAUGAGGAAUCAGUGAGGAAUCAGCCCAGAACUACACAGGAGGAUCUUGUUUAUGAUCUCAAAGCAGCUGGGACCAUAAUCACCAAGAAAACAAUUGGUAUCACACUAUGCCAUGAAGGACUGAAAUCCUGAAGUUUGCCAAUGAACAUCUGAAUGAUUCAGACGAGAACUAGGGGAAAGUGUGGUUGUCAGAUGAGACCAAAAUCGAGCUCUUUGGCAUUAACCCAACUCGCCGUGUUUGGAGGAGGAGGUAUGCUGCCUAUGACCCCAAGAACACCAUCCCCACCGUCAAACAUGGAGGUGGUACAUUAUGCUUUGAGGAUGUUUUUCUGCUGAGGGGACAGGACAACUGCACCGCAUCAAAGGGACGAUGGACGGGGCCCUGUAACGUCAAAUCUUGGGUGAGAAUUUUCUUCCCUCAGCCAGGGUAUUGAAAUGGGUUGUGUAUGGGUUUUCUAGCAUGACCCAAAAAUACACAGCCAAGGCAACAAAGGAGUGGCUCAAGAAGAAGCACAAUAAGGUCCUGGAGUGGCCUAGCCAGUCUCCAGUCCUUAAUCCCAUAGAAAAUCUGUGGAGGGAGCUGAAGGUUUGAGUUGCCAAACGUCAGCCUCAAAACCUUAAUGACUUGGAGAGGAUCUGCAAAGAGGAGUGGGACAAAAUCCCUCCUGAGAUGUGUGCAAACCUGGUGGCCAACUACAAGAAACGUCUGACCUCUGUGAUUGCCAACAAGUGUUUUGCCACCAACUAAGUCGAAGGGGCCAAAUACUUAUUUCACUCAUUGACAUGCAAAUCAAUUUAUAACUAUUUGACAUGCAUUUUUCUAAAAAAAUUUUUUUGUUAUUCUGUCUCUCACUGUUAAAAUACACCUACCAUUAAAAUUAUAGACUGAUCAUUUCUUUGUCAGUGGGCAAACAUUAAAAAUCAGGAGGGGAUCAAAUACUUUUUUCCCUCACUGUAUAUCCUAGAAUUCUUCUUUUACACGUACACAUAUAUGUAUAAAAAAACCUAGGUUUCAUAAAGAACGGAAGACCUACCAUGUCAUGGGUUAAUUCCCUCUUAUUCCCCCUUUCACAAUAUAUAAACAUCCAUUUACAGCCAAUUGUAAAGAGUUGUCCAUCAUAUUUAGUCCAUUAAUUUAUUGCAAUUUUUUGAAAAUGUUAAAUAUUCUAAUGGCAGCUAAUGAGCAAGAAGACGUAUUUAUUAUAAACCUCCUGUGUGGGGAAUAACCCCUAGUGAAAUGGGGUCACUAAGUAUUUAAAAUAAAGCAGGGGUUGCCAGGAGAGAGCGAAAAUAGUAUAUUGUCUUGCUAUAGGAGUGGGAGCCUCAGAAUGGGCUGCUAGGAUGUAGAUAGGGGAAAGAAAAGUCAAUAACCCCCUAGAGAUAAAAAUCCUAAUUCCUAAACACCCACAAAGAAAAGAUGAUAAAAACUAUAUACAUAUUAAAAUAAAUGAGUCCUGAGUAGUGAUGUCCCGAACGGUUCGCCGAACGGUUCGCCACGGACUCAUCCUCCCCAGGGACCCCCCCAGACCCUCCCACCUCCUGGACAGCUCACUAAGAAUGCAGCUUCACAAUGAAUGUAAAAUGGAUGCUGUCCAGGAGGUGGGAGGCUCUGGGAGGGAGGGUAUGCUGCUGAUUGGCUGGAAUGUGUCUGCUGAAUGUGAGGUACAGGGUCAAAGAUUACUCAAUGAUGAGUCCGCGGCGAACCGUUCGCCACGAACCGUUCGGGACAUCACUAGUACUGAGUAGUGGUCAAUAUUGAACUAUCUACUAAAUAGUGACUUGAUCACACCACAAAGCAAGGAAACUAUAAAGCCAUAGAAAUUCAGACUUUUUUAUAGUGCCUCUGUUAACCAUGUGGACUCAGGAAACAAAGGACCAUCUGCUAUAUGUAUCAAGUCCGUGAGUAACUUCUGCCUAAAGGUACUGGGCAUUGUUAUGUACUCGAGAGAUUUUGUCCAAGAUGUGCAUGGGCAAAAGAUUUGUUUCGGUUCGGCACUUCCAAAAUUCGGGACUUCGGCAAUUCGGGACCUUGGCAAUUCACUAACCCCUACCCCUAACCCUACCCUAAUUCCUACCCCUAGCCCUAACCCUAACCCUACCCCUAGCAUCCUAAAUUUCCUAAACCCACUCAAGUACCCCCUAACAGUCCACAUAUAGGGAUUACCCAGUUGUGUCUAAGGUGUUUUUAGAAAGGAAAAAAAAACACUUUAGAUACAAAAGGGUAAUCUCUAAAUCCUGGACUGUUAGGGGUUACUUGAGGACUGGGUUGGGAACCACUGCUCUAGACCAUCCUAUGAACAGAAUCUUCCGAGUACAUAACAUUGCCCAGUACCUAUAGGCAGAUGUUACUCACGGACUUGAUCCAUAAAGCAGGUAAGUCCAUGUGGUUAACAGAGGCACUAUAGCAAAGCCUGCAUUUCUAGGGCUCUAUAGUUUCCUUGCUUUGUGAUGUGAUCAUCAAGGGUGUAUUUACUGAGAGGCUGACAAGGCAUUUGCGUUGGGCGGCACUUUCUGGGGGGUGGCAAAAAAGCCCAGGAGCUGGCCUGGCUUGCAGUGGCGGUACUUACCGGGCGGGCGGCGAGGGAGCACUGAUACUCCAGUUCAGCUCCCUCGCCGGCUGCGACGUCACUCCGGCCCCGGCAUCACUACACUGCGCGCGAGGGAGCUGAAUAGGAGGAUCAAUGCUCCCUCGCUGACUGCAGUGACCGGCCGGCUGCCCGGAAGCCCAACUGGACCCCAAGGAAAAUGAGAAUCCACCCCAUCACUCUCAAAGGUAGGGAGGCUGGGGGGAUUGAAUAAAAAAAAAUGUGAGUGUGUGUGUGUCUGUUUGUGUGUGUCUGUUAGUGUGUGUGUCUGUUAGGGAGUGUUACUGUGUGUGUCUGUUAGUGUGUGUGUCUGUUAGUGAGUGUGUUACUAUGUGUGUGUCUGUGUCUGUUAGUGAGUGUGUUUGUGUGUGUCUGUUAGAGAAUGUGUUAGUGUGUGUCUGUUAGAGAGUGUGUUAGUGUGUGUCUGUUAGUGAGAGUGUAUGUGUGUCUGUUAGUGAGUGUGUGUCUGUUAGUGAGUGUGUGUGUCUGUGAGUGUGUUACUAUGUGUGUCUGUUAGUGUGUGUAUUAGUAUGCCUCUAUGUUAGUGAGCGUGUGUCUGUUAGUGACUGUAUGUGUCUGUUAGUGAAUGUGUCUGUUAGUGAAUGUGUAUCUUGUCUAUUUGUGAGUGUGUAUAUCUGUCAGUGAAUGUGUGCGUAUUUAGAAGGCGAGCCAGGGGGUGGUGGGGGGUUGCCUGAGUUUUGUCAUGCCUAGGGCAGCACAAAACCAGAAUACACCACUGGUGAUCAAGUCACUAUUUAGUAGAUAGUUCACUAUUGACCACUACUUAGGACUUAUUUCUUUUAAUAUGUAUAUCGUUUUUAUCUUCUUUUCUUUGUGGGUGUUUAGGAAUUAGGAUUGUUAUAUUCGACAGUAUUAAAAGUUAAGUUUUAUUCUACAUGUUAAAUAUUCUAAUGAUUAUGUAUUUGUUACUUGCAAUGUCACUAGUUUAUGCAACACAAUUGUACAUCAGAAGUGUGAAACGUUUAAAUAAAAUAAAAAAAAAUUAAAAUUUCAUGAUGAUCAAUUUUUUAUAUUAGAGGCCAUUAAUAUGAUUUUAAAAUUCAUUUUGGUUGCAGGAGGACUUUUAUUUACUGUUUAAAGGGCCAGCUAUGGUUCUCUAUAAAUGUUAUAUUGAGUAUAUAUUUAUUAAUUUUUUAUAUAUGAAGGGGACAAAUGGAGGGUCUUAAUUUGUUUUUAACCGUCUUAAUUUCCAGUGAAAUCUACAAACUGUUGGAAUUAAGCGAUAAGGGUCAAUUUGACAAAUUUGUAUGCUUCUUAGACGUUGUGACAUAAAAUGCUGAAAUGUCAAAUCGUAUCAUGCUUUUGGUUAAUGUGACUGAGGACAGCAAAAAAAGAGAGCUAUAUACCAUUGGUGGCAUGGUGGCUAUCUCUACAAUCUUAUUUUACACAUUUGGAUUGAUGAGUUUAGCAGAUGUAGACCCCCUGUUGGUUCACCACUGAUUGGUGGAUAGUCACCUUGCUCUGGUUUGGGUCAAGUACAUGAUCUGCAUACAAUAAGCAUAGAACAAGAAGACUACUGAUGUUUUUUCAAUGGAAAACAACACUUUAAACAAUAAUUUAAAUGACAGUAAGUAAAUGAUUAGGAAAAAAAUGAAAAUAUAGAGUUGAAAAAUUAAAUAAAUAAACUAACGAUGUGCCCAUAUUCAUAAUUGUAAGUGCCCCUAUUCAGUUGUAUUGCAUAUAUAUGAUGGUAUAUUCUUUAUCUUUGUCUUUAUACAGCAAAAAAACACAAAAAAAACAGAAGGAAAUUGUGCCUUUACAGUCGCCGAAGACAAACACUGGACUCCAAGAAAUGUCAGACGGGCAUGAGAAAUAAAAACUCCAUCAUUGAUUGCCUACUUUGCAAAAAGCAAUGAUCUAUUCUUUACUUGAGCUCUUGGGAGGAUACUGGGAUGUAUUUAGUAAGGGAAUAUUGAGGAACUAUGAAGAAUGUAAUUGUAAUAAUUGAUGCGUGUGUAUUAGUUUGAUUUAUGCAUGUGUUUUCGUGUGACUGGGAUAAAUGAGCUGUUAUUUACAUACCUCCGGUGUUUGUAACUUAAAAUCUUAGAAUCAUGUUGAGUUGGUAAGUGCUUGGGAUCACUCAUGUUUGUGUGUUACUAUAGGUGUGCGUCCAUUCUCCAUAAAUCCCAACUGUCCUGAUUUAGUUAUUUUAUUUAGUUUAUUUUGGAGUCCUGUCCCACCAUCUUAACUUAGUUCCCUAGGAUCCCAACUACCAUAGAGCGUUAGAUUACCUUUAGAUGUCUUCUAUUCAACUUAUAGUGGUUAUGAUUCAAUGACUAUAAAAGUGUGAUCCAUAUUACCAUUUCAAGUUGUUUGGCAAACAUUGUGGGAUUCCCCCUCUAUAACCACUGUUUUGAUGAAGAAUUUUAACCUAGAAUUUAUAUUACCCGUACUCACAGCCACGUCUUUACCUUUUAUUCCCAAAGUUAUUUCCUUUAUAUUUCCACCACCAGGCUAUUUGUUUUUCUUUCCUAUAAUUUCUGCAGUGACUCCUUUUUCAUCAUUUCCCUUCAUCCUAGGACUUGAGAGUCUUCUAGCUCUAGCACAAAUUAGUGUAGUAUUGCCUUAGUACAAGUCCAAUGAGAGUAUACAGAAAUGCUAUCACAUCCAUACUCUUCAUUUUAACCAGGUAUCCCCCAUAUAUUUACCUGAAUAUCCAUCUAUAUCCCCCACCGCAGAACGUUCUGCUGGAAUGUUUUCCGAAUUCCUUGACUCCCAAUACUUUUCCUUUCUCUCCUGCACCACCAUACUGUUUAAUUAUUUUGUUGAUAAGGUCUAGAAGGCUGUCAUGAUCUUGUGCAGGUCAGAUAGGAGACUUAUGCCAGGGUUGUAGACCUUAUUGGUGCUAUUAGACAUAUUAUGAAACUCGAGAAAAACUAAGGCAAUAUGCCACAAAACAGGAUACUUGCAAAUAAUAAAGAAAGUCUGUGAUCUCCAGGUAGGGUUGAAACAAAGGCAGGCUGGUAACAGUGGAGGCUGAUAAUAGUGGAAGGCUUGUAACACAGGAUGGCUGGUAACAGAGGCAGAGGUAAAAUCAUAUGUAAGAGUAGAGCAGGUUUGAAGGUAAGCCUGGAGCAGGUUGGUAUGGAGCAGGGUUGAAGACAAGUCUGGAGCAGGUUGGUAUGGAGCAGGGUUGAGGGUAAGUCUGGAGCAGGUUCACAGGAGCCAGGAACUGAAGUCUUUCAGGCAAAUCACCAACUUCAAUGUAAAGGCCUUGAGGUUAGUUGGGUGUAGCCUUUUGUAGCUGAAGCAAGUAAUUAAACAUGAGCAGGUGAGAUUCCAGAACUAGAGGCAAGGGAGACCACUAGUGAUAAAUAAUAAAAUCAGAGAAGGAAAUUGUUUUAAAGGAACAUAAAUAAAAAGGAACAGAAGUCAAUCCAUUUCAGAAAUCGGACAGAUUUUGUUACCACUGGCACAGUCUCAAUUUUUAUGCACUCUAAUGGCAUGUCACCAUGAGUGUGGCAUCAUAUGGCCGUGCACCCAGUUAUUAUGAUAACUGCUAAGUAGAGUUUUGAAAGGGGGGCCCAUUCUGUGGUUCACUCUCUUCUCAAUAGGUGAAAGACAAUUUAGGGGUACACCAUUACUGUUUUGGUACCAGUUCCUGCACUAUGUUUUUAUAUUCAUAAAGCCUCCUAAACUCAUUCAUAGUGAAGCCUUCCCGCAUUUGCUCUCCACAUUAAAAUUGUAAUUAAAAUAAGCUUUUUUUUUUACAUCAAAAAGCAUCCUAGAUCUUUGACUUUCAUAGACAAACAGUACCUAUGUUUUGUUUUCCAUAUGAACAUGAACCCUGGUCUACAUUUUCCGCAUACAAAAUAAUCCUAUGAAUUUGUUUUCUUCGUGUAAUCAGGUCCACAAAUCUUCCAAAUUAAGUGUUCAUAACCUUUGAGAAGAUUUCUUAGUUUUUUUUUUCCCACGCUGAAGAAUGUUCAGAAUAUUAGAAUGUAAAGAUAUAUCCCUGAGUGUGCAUGCUACUACACUGGAGAUAUCCAGAAAUAAAUUAGAAAAAGGGAUGUAUAUGUGCUUUUAUAUCAGAUCUCAUGGAUAUCAUUAUAUAAAAACAUGACGGCAACUAAUGUAUGUCUGCCAAUAUUCUUGGAGGGGGAAACGUAUCAUAAAAUAUGUUUGAGAGGCGAUGCAUGUGACAGUGACAUAUCCCUAAUAAUAAGAACAUGAGAGGCUAUUGAUGUGCUUGUGUGUACGUUUUGAUUUAUUCUCUAUAUUAAAGUGGUAUGAAUGAUGUCUCUGUUUUGACAAGUGCUUUGUUUGUGGUUGUGUGUGUAAGUGCCUCAGUUACAAAGUAAUUAGCUUUCAGAUCCCUUUGCUCAAGUCUGUGUAAAUACAUUAAAAUGGUUGGAUUAAA